CCUGUUUGGAUGCUUGAUGAAUGUCCCAUGAGUCCGCCUUCUCCAAGCAGGUAACGCUUUGUCUUUUCUUGUUCUCCUAUUAUAUAUAUUUUUUUGCUCCUCCUGUGAGCUGAAUACGCCAACCUCCUUCAUGCACUAACACUAGAUCAUUUCCUGAAUGACUUAAGUGUGGUUAAGAUCAGCAGCAGUGUGAGAGGUAACUGACAGCCCAGACACUUGUUACUCUGCAAGUUCCUCUGUCAUUUCCGUGUCUCCUCUAGAUAUAUCGCCCAGAUCCAUCCAUUUCACCUUGUCCCAUCAUCUGGGCUGUCUGCAUACCUGCCUCACUCCCACUGCCCCCCAAGUGCCUCUAAGCUGAAGACAAAAGGUAAGAUGACCCUCACCUAUUACCUCAUUGCUUCCUUGUUCUAACAGUGGCUUUAGCUCGAAAACAUGCAAAUUUAACCUCUUUACUUCCUGAGAAGAUUGCAAUAUUUUUUAUGUUCUUCCUUUUCUGGUAGUUUUUGAAGCUGAUAUUUACAGAUGCAAAUUAAACACAUGACAAUCUGUCACUGGGGAAAAAGAAAUUUAAAAAAAUCGCACUUGUGUAAACUGUAAAAUUAAUAAAAGCUGGAUUUGUCUUUAUAUUUGACUGUUAUCCUGCUCUGUGUCAGUGUGAUUUAUGGAGUGUGUUCUUUUGAUUUAAUGAAAAGUUACCUUGUGUCAUUUAUUAAGCGAGAUCUCUUCAAUUUAUAGCGAGAUACUAAAUGACCUGUUUGGGAGGGUACUGACGGACUGUGAUACACAGUAUCUGCUUUGGAAGUUUAGUUGGAGGAGAUCAGGCAGUUAGUGUGUCUUUAUAGACAGUUAUUAAGCAUAGCGUUUUUAUAUUUUAUUGUAGUGUGUUAUAAUUAUAGUAGGAGUGCGGGGGUUGGGUCAGGUGUGCUUUCUGUUUUCUGCUGUUAUUUGGGAAGUGUGUAGUGUACCAGCAUGAAUUUACACACGACACGAACUAUGUACAGGUGGGGAGUACCUCAAAUACGUGUGAGUUUGUAUAAUACUUUAACAUUACUUGCAUGGCUUAUGUAGUGCAGCUUGCUAACAUACUAAUUGAGAGCCCUGGGUUAUUAAAUACCUUUUUGUAGAACUGGUUACAGUUGUGUAUGUAUAUUAGCCACUUAUUUAUUGUUUUUAUUUCUUUCUAAUUAUUUUCAUUUUUCUUUGUACUGUCUGCAUAGAAAAUAAUGUUUGAGGGGGGUAGGGGUGUGCAGUUGUACAGUAAGGCACCCCUGCUGGAUGUACACCCCUCUUCUCUUUUAUCUGUGACAUGACCAUUGUGUAAAGCUAUGCAAGUUUUCUUUACAAACAGGUAAUCUCUUUAAAUGUGACUGAUAGCCAGGUGCAGUGCUGGCUAACCUUUGCUAUUGCUGCUGUUCUGGACCACUUGACUCCAUGAUAUUCAGAAUUCUGGAAAAUGCAAUCUAGUAUUACCUGAAACAACUUUCUGAUAUUAAGUAUAGGAUGCAUCCCUGGUGCCUAGAAGUGGUUAUGAUGAACCCUUUGAUUCUUCAGCAAAGAUUCACUGUUUGCAGGAAUUUACAAUCACAAAGGAGGACAAUCAAUUCAAUUAUAUUCAUACAUUUGCAAAGAAAUAUGUUGUUCACUGAGGUUUAAAAAAAAUAAAAUAAAAUAAAAAUAAAAAAAAAAAAAUAUAUAUAUAUAUAUAUAUAUAUAUAUAAUUUUUUUUUUUUUUAUUGAAAUAUAAAAAGCAUACAGUGUGGUUAAACUGUUGGAUGUUUUUGUGUUUAAAUAAUAAAAUAAGGGAUAUGCAAACCUAUACUUACAAUGUUUUUACUACAUAAAGAAACCUGGGGAUAUUGGCUGUAGGGUAGUCCCUUCUCGGUUUGUUGGCGCUAUGGCAACCAGUGCAUUCUGCUUUGCAAAUUUGCUGAGAUCUCCUUGAUGUUCACGGUGGUUAGAUUCCAACUGACUUCAAUAGGGAGUCGAGCUUGCAGUCGAUCCUGUCUUCAGCUACUUGCCAUGGGCUUUCUAUGGGCUUGCUGUUAAACUUGGCAAGAUUCCAUCAGGCUGAGAGACUGUGCCAAGUCAGAAUGAGCAGGGCCUGUGCAUCUCCAGUGGGAAUACCUGAGAAUAAAUCUGGUCGUUUACGGUUAGAUGUGUCCAUAGAGCUGUCCAGCAAAUUACAUUGUUUAUAAAGCUGCUUUCGUGUGGGUUUUAUUAAAACAUUAUACAUCAUAAUGCAGCUCAAAAUCAUAUUAAUGUUAUAUAGCAUCAGCAAAUGCUGCAGCGCUGUACAAUGGGUGGACUAAUAGAUACAUAAUUGUAGCCAGACAAGUUGGACACACAGGAACAGAAGGGUUGAGGGCCCUGCUCAAUGAGCAUACAUGCUAGAGGGAGUGGGGCACAAAAGGUAAAGGUAUAUAGCUUGACCCAUUCAUUUAUUAUCAUUCAUAUAGCACCAAGAUAUUCUCAGCGCUUUACAAUUAUAAAAUGGGGAUAGUUUACAACAAAUAAGUUUACAUACAGAAUAUGAUAAGAAGGCCCUGCUAAAACGAGCUUACAAGUCAUUCACAUGGAAUUAUGUGCACCUUAUAUCAUAAAGCACAUAGUGUGUUGGUCAAUAAGGGGUUAAAUUUUAACUUGGCAGUUGAGGUUGUGUGUAUGGGUUUAAAAAAAAAAAAAUUAAUAUAAUUUAUUUCAAUCCUAAAUGUCUUAUGUUUGUAGAAGAAAUAUGGUAAAACACAGCGUAGUCUCUGUCCUCACACUUUUAUAUAAUGCAGUGCCUUACUCUGUGUCUCCUUGCUCAGGGGAAACACAGAAGUAUAACAGAAAAUGCUUUGCUGAUCCCAGGUAAGAAAGGGGCGAGGGAUAAGAGAAAACAUACAUUUUUGAUUAUUGUACACAGGGCCGCCACCAGAAAUUUUGGGGCCCCUAACUCAGCUCAGGGUCUGGGCCCCCUUGGGCCCGCCUCCAAUCCCGCCCACAGGAAUACACACACACACACACACUGAUACAAAAGGACACACAUACUGAGACAUAUACAGACACACAGGCAUACAUAGUGACAGACAGACACAUACUAACAUACAUACAGACACACAUGCAUGAGGACAUACAGACACCUACAGACAGACAGACAUGCAUACAGACACUGACAUACAUACAUGCAUUCAUAAUGACAUCCAUACACGCUGGGACUGGGUGGCAGUGUUCCCUGGUGGUCCUCGUGGGUGAGUGAACUCUAGCCUAUGAGACUAGAGUUCACUCUCGCGAGAUCUGGUCGUUGCCAUGGCAACGCGCCAGAUCUCGCGAGAGGAACCCGGCGGAGCUGCAAGUUAGAGCUCCGCCGGGUCCUCCUCUCCUGGCGGCUGUCUGUCUCCCUCCCUCUUUGAUCUCCCCACAGGCCCGUCUUGGCAAACGGCGGGGCCGGCGCUAGGAGAGUGCAGGGGAGAUCCUGGGGCCUCGGCCCAUGGUCACCGUGGCCCACCGGGCAUUUGCUCGGUGUGCCCGAUGGCCAGUCCGGGCCUGUCCAUACAUAUAUACAUACAUACACAGAGCUAAUUUUUCAGCCACCCUCCUGUCUCUUACCUUUUCUUUGCAGGAGGGUGGCUGCGGCUGAUAGGAUUCGGCGCGGGUGUCCCUCUUCAUGGCCUGAUUGGUGCUCGUCCCGCACUUGCUGCGUUUUUUUUUUUUUAAAGGGGCCCUGUUGUGCUAUUACAUGGCCACAGCGCUGACCGGGCCCCUGAAGAUAUAGGGCCCUAAGUGCGUGGGCCACCCGAUAGACAUGAGUUUCUAAGUUUGAAUGCUGUGAUAGACAACUAAUGCCUGAAUGAAAACUGCCAUGACAGAUCAGAUGCCGUCUUUCCUGUGGUUUCAGAUUUGGUGGAAAAAGGGUCUAUAUGAUGCCCUUUCCCCUUUUUUUAUAUAUAUAUAUAUAUAUAUAUCUAUUUUUAUAUAUUAUAUUGUAUCUAUCUCUUGGUCCCUCCGCUCUUCCCAUGACUUCUCCUGUUCACUGCUCAUACCCGUAUGGCCAACUCACGCUUGCAGGACUUCUCAUGGGUGGCCCCCUUCUUAUGAAAUAUCCUGCCUACCGCCAUCAGAAUCUCCCCUAGUCUUCAAUCGUUUAAAAAGUGCCUGUAAACCCAUCUCUUUAGGAAAGCUUAUGGCCUCCCAGAGUAGCCUCUACCUCACAUACCUGUCUCUUGCUCUCUCCUAAAGGGCAGCACUCUACUCUCUCCUCCAGCUCUGCUUCACUCCCACCUUAUUUGUUUGCUAUUUCCUGUCCUAAUGUGUCUUAUACCCCACCUCCUAUAGACUGUAAGCUCGUUUUGACAGGGUCCCCUUCUACCUAUCGUUCUUGUAAGUUUUCUUGUAAUUGUCCUAUUAAAGGACCACUAUAGUGCCAGGAAAACAUACCCUCAGGGUUCCCCUCCCGCCGGGCUCUGGAGAGAGGAAGGGGUUAAACACUUACCUUUCUCCAGCACCGGGCGGGGAGCUGUACUCCUCCUCUCCUCCUUGCUCGCGACGUCAUUGGCUGAAUGCGCAUGCGCAGCAGGAGCCGCGCGUGCAUUCAGCCGGUCGCAUAGGAAAGCAUUUACAAUGCUUUCCUAUGGACGCUUGCGUGCUCUCACUGUGAUUUUCACAGUGAGAAGCACGCAAGCGCCUCUAGCGGCUGUCAAUGAGACAGCCACUAGAGGCUCUGGAGGCUGGAUUAACCCUCCGUAUAAACAUAGCAGUUUCUCUGAAACUGCUAUGUUUAUAAAAAAAGGGUUAAUCCUAAAGGUACCUGGCACCCAGACCACUUCAUUAAGCUGAAGUGGUCUGGGUGCCUAGAGUGGUCCUUUAAUAGUUAAAUCCCCCUCUUCUAAUAUUGUAAAACGCUACAGAAUAUGUUGGCGCUAUAUAAAUGGCAAUAAUAAUAUCGGUGAUGCUACUUGAACUCAUAUCAGGUUUACUUAGAGCUGCCAAAGACCUACUGAAAUAGCGAUGCACAUACUACACUACACACAGAUCUAUAAAUACAAACACAAACCUAACUGCUUGGAGCUUCUACAUGCCAGACAAUACACUGAGCCCAACAUCACUGAAAAUAAAUUUCUCCAUAAUGUGAAGUGUUUAUACAACUAUAUCAUAGAGUUCCACAGAUAUAAAACUCAGUGACGUGCUAUGUAAGUUAAUGUAUUGCAGGUCCGUAGCUCACCCUAAACCGCAAUAAAACUAACAUGUUUAUUCUUUCAUACUCUAUAUCUGUUUAUGAACUUCCCUUAAUGACUGACCACCACCUUUAGUUUAGUGGGCCUCCCUGUAUGUGGAUUACUAUUUCCACUAUGAGUGUGAGUGUGAGUGUGUGUGUGUGUGUGUGUGUGUGUUCGUUCAGGUUCAGCCUAACCACACCAUUUUUGUAUUUUUUUUUUUUUUUUUUUGGCUGAACUCGUUCACUGAGAGCUGGGACUGCAAGAAAGCAUUUUAACCCCUUAAUAACACAUAACAUGUGUGACAUGUCAUGAUUCCCUUUUAUUCCAGAAGUUUGGUCCUUAAGGGGUUAAAGUGAUUUGCAGAGAUUCAGACUGCACUCCACCACUACCACCCUCUAUCAGCAUUAACAUGACUUAAUUUUUAUUUAAUAUAUUGCUGAGCAGCUAAUAUUGAAUAAAAAUUACACUGCAGUUUUUCAAGGAGGGACACAUAGGGGAGCGAUGAGCAGAGAGGCUACCAGGCCCACUGUAGCAAAAAAGCGAAAUAGACAGGAAUCUUAAUCACUACAGAAACAAGAAUUAUGCCGUUAACUAAAGGAUUGGCAUCCUGAAACUAGGUUUAAUUUAACCUAAAUCUAUCGCACAUGUUUAUUCAGGCUAAAUGCACGUUAACCUCCUUUAGAGCAAGGGGCUUUGACCAGUCUCUCCCCUGCUUUUAAAGUGCCAAUGGUCAUUUUUGGUUUGGAUUUAGUUGUGAUAAGCAGCCAUGACCUGGGAACUGUGAGAUGGUGGCACAGUACGUAAUGUCAGUAUAGUUGUGUACAUCAAUCUGCAUUUAUUUUAUUAAUUCUGGACUCUCAAACAAAUCCAGAUGUGUAGACUCAGACAGUGAUAGAAAAUCUCUUCAACUAUUUAGAACUUGCCACAACUCGCAUUCCAGUGAUUUACUCCUUUUGUAUCACUUUGUAGUGGGUAUAAAAAAAAUAUAUAUUUUACCAUUCCAUUAUAAAUGCGUAAGUUUCACACUUACUUUAUCUCUGUUUUGGCCUCCUCUUCUGAUGUAUGUAAAAUGGAUGUUCCCAUUCUGCAUUAGAUAUAUCAGUCCUGUCCCUAUUUGGGAAAAUUGGCGGAGGGUGCCAGAUGAUCUCAGGCCAUGAAUAUUGUACAAAGAUGACAUCACUAAUAUGAAAAUGGAAAAUGUAGCAUUUGCUAUUUUGGAAAUGGAGGCCGGACCAGAGCGGUCUUGGGCACCCAGAGCUGUUUCACAUCCUUUGAAAACAGUUUGACUACUUACCAUGGGACAACGCCAAGGCAAUCCAGUUACAAUAAAUACGUUGGUGUAUUUUAGGGGUUAUGGAGCCUAACUUUAUAUUGUUUAUUACAUUUUUAAUAAAUCUCUAAUUCAGACAUGCUUCCAGUUCAGCUACUUUCACAUUUAAAUUAGAAAUUCACCUUAAAUUCUCACUUUAAUGUAUAACACUGUAUAUAUCAUUUAAAACCCUGUAACACUCUAUAACACAAACACGAAUAUGAACAGAAUUAAAUCACAAUGAUGAGUAAAUAAACAUACUAGCAUUUCUAUUUUUCCAUUGUCAAUGACAUGACACCACCAUACAAGCACACUGGCACACCAUUAUCAAGAACAUUUCUGCAGGUAUGUGUAAUAGGAGUGUCACUUUGCAAUAAUUUGUAUCAUAUGGCUUUCCUCAUGUCACAAAUUGAUUGAAUGACUGCCUCGGUGGUCAUUCCAACUCAGGGAAGACCACACAGGAAGAACUGCUAAAGCACUCUCUGGGGCCAGGUUUCUCAACCUGUGAUACGCAUUCCCCAGGGGGUACACACAAGAAUAGCUAAAGGUAACCCAAGAGUUAAUAAACUGUUUGCCUUAGUGCCCCCCAGGAGGCUGCCAGCCUAAAGCAGGGUAGCACCUGGAAGACUGUAGCCGGGCGGCGAUGGAGCUGUAAUCGCUAUGCUCUUCCAGCAUUGGUCCCUCACAUGCUGUCCAGUGAUGCAGAGAGACGGGUUAUGACAUCACUAUCAUUAAAUGGCGCACGAGGGAGCAGAGCAAGAAGACCAUGAAGAUGACCGCAUCCACACUAGACCCUAGUCGAAAGAUCCACUCCUGAUCUCACAAAAUUAGGGAGACUGGUUGGACUUAAAUACAUAUUUUGUGUGUGAGUGAAAGAAUGUGUAUAUAAGUGUCAAAUCAGCAAGUGACACAUUGUUCUCUGUAUGUCAGUGUCUUGUGUGUCUGUCAUUGUCCUCUGUGUGACACUAUUAUGUAUGUUUUCAUUUUAUGACACUUUUUUUUUUAAUAUUUCAGUUUAAUAGUUAAUAGAUUUCUCCUUACAUACUCCAUAUUCACAUCAUAUCCUAUUUAUUUAAAAUAUAUUUUUUACUAACUUUUAUAAGGCUUGUUCUCAAAAAUGCGAUUGACUUAAAUAUCAGUGUCUACACUCUUCAUUUGGAAUUUAAAUCAAUAGAAAUUACGUUCUUAAGGCAGGGGUACUCAGGAACUUUUUGUUAGACCUGCAGGAGUUCUUUUCCGUUAAGGUUUGGGAAACACUAUUUGGCACAGCACUAGUUUUUCCUAAUACACUCUGCUCUUGCGAAAGAUCUGCUGUCCCAAAAUGCAGGAGGCCAUAUUUGAGAGGAUCCUGUCCUGGGACUGAUGGCAGGUAUUACUUCCUUGUAAACUUGGAGAGUGACACUAUGUUUGGAUUCUGGGACUGCAGCUGCUAGGACAGAAAGAGGCACCCUUCGGCACUCCAGAUGUUGUGGACUACAUCCCCUAUAAUGCUCUUGUUUAUAAUGCUGGCAAAGCAUCAUGGGAGGUGUAGUCUAAAACAUCUGGAGUGCCGAAUGUUGACUGCCUGUGCUAGGACAUUAAGCUGAUACCCUGCAUCUAGGGCUUUGAACAUUUUUGUAGAAAACUGGACCUUUUUUAAUAAUUAUUUAUUAUCAUAUUAUUUUUAUUCUCAACCAAUCCAUUAUUCUUAUUACACCUUCUCUUUCCAUUAUGUAAGUACCUUUGCUCAGAGACGUCUUUGAGACUUGACCAGGGAAAAUCCUAAAACGGGCAACCCCCUGCCGCACAUGUUGAUUCCUUCUGGAACUACAGAGUGGGUGCUGUCACGAACGCACCCUACUUCAAAAGGGUGCGUGAUGUAGGUAUGGUGGUGAAAGGGUUAGAGCUCACUAUUUGUCUGUACUAGACUGAAAAAUAAUUACAAAUAAUUACAAAAUCCCCCCCCUUAACACCAAACACACUUAAACAUAAUAUAACUGUUACUAUUUUAACACUGCCACCACCAAGACAAUUUUAUAAAUGGGGUGCUUUGGCCCCCCCAGGUAAAUCAAUAAGAAAAACCCACUGAAUACAACUUUAUUUAAGGAAUUGCAAAUAUAGUAAUUAGUCUCGUCAGAUAAUGUAAUUCUUAACGGGACAAAGGCAGAAUUUAAUAAAGGAAUAUUUAUUAUGAGCAAAAAAAUAGUCACAAUGCAUACAAACAUAUAGAUGACAAUCAAAAUUAUUUACAUUACCCCUUCUGUCAUCUGACCUUUCAUACAAUCAAAUUAACCCCUUUUGACUUUGACAAUAUUCCAUCUCUACCAGGCAGGCACUACCCAGAUUACAGUAAAUGAUAAUAUUCCAUAGUGCAAUAACAAAAGAUGCACCCUGAGCGUGACAGGUGCCACCAUUAAAGAUUAUAUUUCUGUAAUCGCCUCUUUCUUUCUAAACAAGAAGAGCCGAGAUGGGCAGGUGGCCUCAAAGAUGCAAGGGAUGAAAAUAGUAACAUUUACUAGUGCUUUAUGCCCAGCAAAUAUGCAUGUGAUGUAAGAAAAUGAAUGCAAAUCCAACGACAUUUAUAUGAACUUUUUUUUUUUUUGCUUGGAAAAAUACAUAAACUGUUAUCAUAUUAACGUUGAUCCCAUGGGUUUCAGGCCCAGUUGCUUGUGUUUAUUUUUAAACUGUAUUUAGGGUCUGAUCCACCAUGCUUUUUGGGCUUGUAUUACUUCACCAUGCUGUAUAGUGGUCUAUGAAAGGUGAUGCCAUGCAGUAAAUAAAAUUAUUGCAUUUUAAGAAGUCACUCCUAGAAUAAUAGAAAUUCUGCAGGGUAGCACUUCUCAUAAACUGCCUUGUAGCCUGUAGAAGCAAUAUGUGUCCAUGGAUGGAAAACAAAUGGUGGAUCUGGCAACACCUCUCUCUAGUUGGGAUAGCCUAAAUUAUAAAUACAUCACUGCUCAAAGGGAUUCUACAGUGUUAGGAAUACAAAAGUAGUGCCCUCCACCCCCUCCAGCAUUUAAAGGGGAAAAAAGAAAGGAGAAAAAAAACAACUAUUAAAAAAUAUAUAUAUAUAUAUAUAUAUAUAUAUAUAUAUAUAUAUAUAUAUAUAUAUAUAUAUAUAUAUAUAUAUAUAUAUAUAUAAUAUUAUAUUUUAUUUUUUAUUUUUUAUUUUUUUUAAUUUUUUUUAUUUUUUCUCUCUCGAUUCCAGCACCAAUGUCCUAUGGUGUUGGGUUGACCCUUCGCUUCCUCAGACGUCAUUGACAUUCCAUGGGACUGCCACAUAAUGGACAAUCCUUUAAAAAUAAAUAAAUAAUUUGAUGUUAGGAAUAUGUGAAAUAAUCCUAAAUCUCAAAUUGUGUGACAUUCAUAGAAUAAUCAUUUUUUUUUUUUUUUGUCCUCUAUUGUAUUUUAAAAAGCUUUGCUGACUAUAUUAUCUCCCAGUACAUUUCUUAUGAAAUCCCUUUGGCUAAAUUGAUAAACUAUGUUUUAUUUUCUGCUGACAUUUUGAAUAUUUGCUUCUUGGUUUCUCUUUGAUACAUAUUUAAGAUGUGAUACCGUUGUUCUUUAAAUACAAUUUGCCUUGAUCAUUGUUUUAUGAUGGAUCAUUUGCAACUGUUUCAUACUUGUUUGUCUGUGCCAGUUGCUGCAGGCAGUUUUUAGGUGUCUUAAAGGUUUUUUUUUUUGGAUAGCUAUUAAAGUGUUGACCUAAUCUUUGCGUGUAAUUACAAGUGCACUGGUAUCUAGAUUGUUUCAGAAUGCCACGUCAUAUAUUAGACAUGUUAUAAUUGACAUUGAUGCUGCUCAGAAUAACCUUCAUAGUUGACAUCAGCACUUUUUCAUUUUAUUAAUCCUGAUGUUUAAGUGAAAAUAAAUAAAAGGAAAAAAUGAUAUUUUCAUGCUUAUGUCAAUAGUUUAAUCUGACAAUGGUUUCAUUUUUACACUACAGUGAGUUGACAUUAGAAGGGCUUAUCUCUUGGUCUGUUAAUUGCAAUUUAAUCAUACAUAGGAGGCUGCUCCUGGCAGGCUAUUAAAAGAGCAAGAGGCAAAGACUUCUUAAAAAAACACCAUAAAAAUAAAGGAAGCUAAACAAUUUCGGUUCAUUUUCAGGAAGUGUGUAAGGAGGCUGUGUGAGUCUUUAUAAGGGUGUGCGUGUGGUUAGGGCUGCAUAAACAGCCUUUAGUAAGUAACCAUGAGAGUGUGUGGGUUUUUUUAUUUUUUUAAAUAUAUAUAUUGUCAUACUUUUCCAGUUAAAAUAUCAGCAUGCAGGAAGUUGACUGAAUUUAGUACAAAUCGAUAAAUGUCACUGACUAAUAAUUUUCCACCUUUUGUAGAAAACUCUUAUAUUGUGGUGGCUGGUAAGACCUUAUUUGAAUAUUUGUGGGAGCCUGAAUAAGGAGUUAUAUGGAAAUAAGAUCAGUGUCAUUAUGCGCACUUUGUGAUGUGAUCAAAAUGCACAAGUACUAAUGCCCAUGGAAAUAGUUUUGUGUUUGUGAAAAUAAUCUGUUUUAUCUGGUUCCUGUGUGGAAAAGGUACUGGGUGUGGAUAGUACUCUCUUUCUCUCCAGGAAAGGUUAAAGGAUCUUAACAGUAUAGCUUGGAGGAAAGACGAGACAGGGGGGAUAUGAUAGAAACAUUCAAAUACAUAAAGGGAAUCAACACAGUAAAGAAGGAGACUAUAUUUAAAAGAAGAAAAACUACCACAACAAGAGGACAUAGUCUUAAAUUAGAGGGGCAAAGCUUUUAAAAUAAUAUCAGGAAGUAUUACUUUACUGAGAGGGUAGUGGAUGCAUGGACUAGCCUUCCAGCUGAAGUGGUAGAGGUUAACACAGUAAAGGAGUUUAAGCAUGCGUGGGAUAGGCAUAAGGCUAUCCUAACUAUAAGAUAAGGCCAGGGACUAAUGAAAGUAUUUAGAAAAUUGGACAGACUAGAUGGGCCGAAUGGUUCUUAUCUGCCGUCACAUUCUAUGUUUCUACGUAAGUAAUAUAAAUUUUUUUUAAUAUAUUUAUUUAUUUUGGCUCUGUAUUUUACAGCCCUAUAAUUGUUUGGUUUUCUGUAAAAAAACAUGUCUGUAAUUACACUAAUUUCUGGGUGUGUUUCCUGAGGCUCCUAAGGAAGAUUAUUACUUACCUAGUCCGCAAGCCAUUAUUUUUGCUAGCACAGAUAUUCUUGAUAACUUAUACCAUAAUUCUAGGCUUAAAGGCGUGUCUGUGCUAUAUAGAUAAACAAGGACUUCUGCUAUUUAUUUAAAGUGACAUUAUUACUUGUGGGCAUUUUUAGCAUAGACUCAGCAAGGUGAUGGGUGGGUGGGGAUUGAGCAGAUUAGCCUAUAUACCAUUUUAUAGGGACACUCCACUGGCCAAAUACAUCAUCAUUAAAAACGACUGUUUAGUGGAUAUAUCCCAUGUACAAACAUGCAGCUCAACGAUAAGUCUGCCUCUUGCGUUUAACUUCACGGAGUUAAAUAACCAGAUAUUAACUGGACCUGUAGCUAAGUAACAUUGGGGAUUGGGGGAGGACACAUUCUUCACACUUAAAGCACUUCAGUAAGCUAAAUUGCCUAUAGGUGUUUGGAGUGUUUAUUUAAGAUGUCCUUUAGCACCACCAUCUUGUUGUCUCCUUGCUUCAUCCUUGGCAUCUUCAUUUAUUAAUGUGGAACAGUCAUCGACUGGGAACUUUGUAUUAUCUGCAAACACCCACGAUACUGACAUUGCCGCUGAGGGGGGCAGGCACAAGUGAGUUUUUAUUUAUUUAUUUAUUUAUUUAUUUUACUUAACGGAGUCUGAACCUGUCCUUCACGGGCCCACCAUUGCCUUCUGCCUGGUCCUCAUCUGCUUCUGGCACUUCAGCUGCCAUAGAUUGAUGGCACUGUGACACUUGUCAAGUGUACAAAACAUUGUCCCUCUAGAUCCUCCAUAGAUAGAGCCACUUCUUGAUGGCGGUAGCUCUGCCCAGGGUCACGUGAAGGAAAAAUACUUGAAAUAGUCCCUUUCGCCUGCCGCACUAGACAACCAACGACGAUGUGACCGUCUGGGGUCUUUGUAAAUUAUACAAAGUCGAUUGGGACAGUUCCACUUAAUAAAUGUGGUCAAAGAGGUUUUCGCAAAAAAACCUUGUAUCUGUGAUGAAACUCCUAGCAGGAACUGGAUUUUAACUUUAUGAAAUACUAUUUUGCAAGGUAGUGAUAUUGGGGGCAGUGCUACUUUAAAGGAACACUCCAAACUCCUUAAGCAGUUGUUUUGCUUUUAUUUUAUAAGGUUCAAGGAUGCAGGAUAUGUCUCCAAUUGUGUGUAAAAGAACAAGUUACUUUAUUAAGGACAAAACCGUAUAAUAUUUAUAAUAACACGUUAUUAAGGAUAUUAUAGGUAAUCUUUCUAAUUACUAUAAUUUUACAAGAAUAAAUUAAUGCAUCACAGAUUUAAUCUAUUGUAGAACUACAUCUAGUCAAACACACUCACAGCCGGUAAGCCCCGUUUUUUCAGCCUUGGUCUAGAGUCCCAUAUUAAUCAGGAAAGUCACUGCGCGAUGCGUCCACCCACAGUAGAAGCUUCUGACAAAACUUUAAAAAAAAAACAGCUAGUUUAUGCAAGUGGCAAGUGCAUUUCAUACAUGCAAGAGUGCAGCUACUCAAAAAUACAAGACAUCAUCACCUUGGAGAGAGUGAUUAGACACCUGCACUUUGUUUGGAAGAUCAUGGAACUCUGGCAGUGUGCCCAGGAAAAUUCAAAAUCAUAGGAUACUAAAUAUCGUUAGAAAGCUCUAGCUACCAUAUUUUUCUGUCACACGGGAUGUCACUGUAGGUGUUAAAACACAAAAUAAACCAUUUGUGUGCAGGGGCCUGACAGCCAACCAAGCUAGUCACAAGUGGCUGGAGCACCUUCAAAAAUCUAAUUAUUAAGCCAAAUACUUUUGGUACUUACUCAACACAAUGCUGCAGGGUGAGGCCUUGCCCGAACAUCCCCUGUAGGGUACCACUGGCUCUGGGCAUUGUUGACGCCAACAGCAGGACAGCGGUCCAGGGAACCAGUGUCCGUGUGUGUUGCCUGACCUCGGGGAUCGGCUUAUCAGAGUGUGAGAGACCUGGGACCGGUGAGGGAUCCUGAUCAGCCAAACUGGACUUCAGUGCUAUAGAUGUUUAAAAUAUUUAUUUCUUAAUUUUGGGCUUAAAAAAAAUAAUAAAAAAAAUAGGGGUCGUCUUAUACAUGGGGGUUUCUUAUACACUGGGAAAAAUACAGUAUAUCCAUUCAGUUAGCAAUACAGCACUUCAUCUUGGUAAAGUCAUUUAGGGACUAGCAGAGUGUCCCCUCUUUUUUAUAACUAUAGUUAACGGUAACUGUCUAACUGUAGGUGGCAAACCCCAGAUGUUUUGGACAGGAUGCACAUUUACUCCCUGUGACUGUCACAAAUUCUAAGGGGUAGCGUAGAUUUAUGUGGCAGAGGUCAGAGAAAAAAAAUAAACUGAAACCACUCUGUGGGGAAUUUAUUUUCCAUCAAAUUGCAAUAAAUUGCCUGCUUAUGUUGAACAUCAGUUUCUAUAAUACUCAGUGAAAUUCCCAGAAUUGGCUACAUAAACAAAACAAAAUCACCCUAAACCUUUUACUGGAGAAGUCUAAAAAUGUUUAUUUGUAUAUAAUUCACAGUAACUGUAAUAGUUAGCUUACGAGGAAUAUCUAAACAAAUGUGUUUAAAUCUUUAUUAGUAUUCAAUGAAAAUCUAUCCCUUUAAGUUUAAGUGCACUUGAGAAAAUUUGAAGACACCGUUAAAAACAAAAAAACCCACAAAAUAAAGAAAAAGAAUCAGAUGGAAAAAGCAUACACCUCUAGAGAGACAAGUGAUUAUGUCUGAGGCUGGUGUGAGUUAAAAUAUACCGAUCAUGCUAUGGGAUAAAGAGGGAACCACUUUCUAAAUGGAUUAUGGGGAAAAUAAACUUCUCGGUCGACCUCAUGAACCUAAAGCCUUUUAGUCCAAAAUAAGUUUACACACAAGUCACCAUUUUAUGGACACAAAAAAAAGUGUAAUUUGUACUAAUUAAUAAAACCACCCAUAUUUAAAAUGUUUUGGAAUGUAAAUGUAUUUUCAAAAUUUCUCAAUGCAUCUGGACAAUGUCUACAACUAAUAUAGAAGUGGGUAAUGGCCAAAAAACAUAGGUGCCAAGAGUCCAAAAUUUGCCAGGACAGCCCUGCAUUUUGGGUACCGACCCAGCAAAUAUAGGUCACUAUAACCAUACAUGGAGUGCAGCUUUUAUAUAUAUAAUAUAUAGGAGAAAUUUGCGCAAGGUUUAGUAGUAUGGAUUAAAAUAUGAAUUUUUGGACAUAGUUUCCCUUCAAACCAUUUUUUUUACUCUAUUUCCCACAUUGAAUGAUUUGGGUGUGAUGCAUUUUUUUUUUUUUUUUUGUAUUUAGCAUUUUCUUGUAUCUUAUAUAUGUGAGAACAAAAGUGCAAACUAACUUAAUGUGUAAUUAUUUGCUGAGAGAUUGGCACCCUGAUGUUUCUGUUGACCGAUAUUAACCUACACCAAAGAUACACAUGGUAGAAGCUGCUAGGUUGAAAUAUAAUGCCCCAAUUUACUAUUAUAAUCUCUAAAAAAGCAGAUUGAAUCCUGAGUACACAAUAAGCAACAGUAUGUGAAAUCAUGUGUUGGCUCAUGCUCCCUGACAUUGUGUUGUCGUCACUGUUGAAACUGGUUACUGCCUACUCCUUUGUAGCAUCUGUGAUCUGUUAAUACUCAUAAGGCAAUCGAGAGUAAGCAGGACCGGUGCACGGAUUUGUAGCUACACAGGCAAAGAUGCAUUUUGCGGCGCCUCUCACCCCCGCAAAAGUGCAUCUUCACCUGUGUGUUUCAUAUCCCCUCUUUUGAAUGCCUUACCCCUUUUUGUGCUUUAAUGUAUUUUAUUACCCCUUUUUUGUAUCUUACAGCCCCCUUUGUGUGUCUCUUACCCACCCCAGACCCUUUGUGUGUCUCUUGCCCACCCCAGACCCUUUGUGUGUCUCUUGCCCACCCCAGACCCUUUGUGUGUCUCUUGCCCACCCCAGACCCUUUGUGUGUCUCUUAUCCACCCCAGACCCUUUGCGUGUCUCUUAUCCACCCCAGACCCCUUGCGUGUCUCUUACCCACCCCAGACCCCUUGCGUGUCUCUUACUCACCCCAGACCCCUUGCGUGUCUCUUCACCCCAGACCCUUUGUGUGUCUCUUAUCCACCCCAGACCCUUUAUGUCUCUUAUCCACCCCAGACCCCUUGUAUCACUUACUCACCCCAGACCUCUUAUCUCUUGCCCACCCCAGACCCCUUGCGUGUCUCUUGCCCACCCCAGACCCCUUGCGUGUCUCUUGCCCACCCCAGACCCCUUGCGUGUCUCUUGCCCACCCCAGACCCCUUGCGUGUCUCUUACCCACCCCAGACCCCUUGCGUGUCUCUUACCCACCCCAGACCCCUUGCGUGUCUCUUACCCACCCCAGACCCCUUGCGUGUCUCUUACCCACCCCAGACCCCUUGCGUGCCUCUUACCCACCCCAGACCCCUUGCGUGCCUCUUACCCACCCCAGACCCCUUGCGUGCCUCUUACCCACCCCAGACCCCUUGCGUGCCUCUUACCCACCCCAGACCCCUUGCGUGCCUCUUUCUCCCCUUAGUUUGUUUUGUGUGUCUUUCUUCCCAAGCCAUGUAGACAUAGAUAUGCAGGCAAAAAUACAUACUUACACAACCAUAAAAGCACAGGCAUUGUUUUUCAGGCACAGUCAUAAAAGGCACACAAUAAAACAAACUCAUAUGGGUACACUGUGAUACAAACACAGAUAUAAUCAUACAGACGCAUACAUACAGAGACAUAUGUGUACAGAGAUAUGCGUGCAGGCACACUGACAGUCACAAUUAUAUACUUGCUAACUGACAGUCACAAUUAUAUACUUGGUAAAUGCUGUCUGGCUCUGUGGAGUCCUGUCCUGCAGCUCAGCCCCAUCACUGGGUGUCAGCCACGCUGUGUGGUACACAUGAAGCAGGGAUAUGAUGUAAUUCAUAUCCCUACCCUCUUCACACAGACACCAACGUAGGAGACUAGGGGGGUGGCGGUAGGAGGCUGGGCUGGCGGUAAGAGGCUGUGCUCCGCUGUGCUGUGAUGAGGGUGGGAAAUGCUUGCGCUCGGCCACGCUUCAAGAAGUAACCGACUGGAGAGGAGCGCAGUGCGCUUCCCUCCUGCCUGACAGCCUGACAUUGCGCCAUCUGGACCGGUGCGCCUUAAGGCGGCCGCCUGAGUCGCCUUAUGGUAGCACCAGCCCUGGGAGUAAUGAAGAAAAGACAAUAAUGAUUUCUUGCACCUUUUUAUACUAGACUACUAGGGGGUAAUUUACAUGCCAUAUACCCCAGGGCAAGGGUAGGCAACCUUUUAGUAGUACUGUACCAAAACACAAGGUAUUGAAGCCUAUUGGCAUGCCGGUGCUUCUCUUUUUUAAAUUGAGGUGUGUAUGUUGCCAUAUUGUACUUGUGUUUUUUUUUAGUUGCAGUUGCUUUGUAAUGUUGUAUUUCUGUGUAUGUGGGCUGUUUUACUGUUUAUGCUCAUGAAUAGUUUGUAGUAUUGUGUAUGAUAUAAAUGGGGGCUGAUUGUGGAAUUGUGUGUCUGAAUGAUAUGUCAUAUUGUGUAUGUGUGGGGCUGGUUUUGGUAUUGCAUGUGAGAGGCUGCUUGUGGGGCAGUGUGCAUAUACGUGAAUUGUCCGUGGUGUUGUGGACUUUGUGUGGGCUGUCUGUAUUAUUUGUAUGAGGGCGAGGCUACUUCUGUAGACAUUGCCUACCUAGAUUUCAGUAAGGCUUUUGACACUGUUGCACAUAGAAGGCUUAUCAAUAAACUGCAAUCUUUAAGUUUGGAUUCCAAUAUUGUUGAAUGGGUAAGGCAGUGGCUGAGGGACCGGCAACAGAGGGUUGUUGUCAACAGAGUAUAUUCGAAGCAAGGUCUAGUUACCAAUGGGGUACCUCAGGGAUCUGUACUUGGACCCAUUCUCUUUAAUAUUUUUAUUAGUGAUAUUGCAGAAGGUCUUGAUGGUAAGGGAUGUCUUUUUGCUGAUGAUACUAAGAUAUGUAACAGGGUUGAUGUUCCAGGAGGGAUAAGCCAAAUGGCAAAUGAUUUAGGUAAACUAGAAAAAUGGUCAGAGCUGUGGCAACUGACAUUUAAUGUGGAUAAGUGCAAGAUAAUGCAUCUUGGAUGUAAAAACCCAAGGGCAGAGUACAGAAUAUUUGAGAGUCCUAACCUCAGCAUCUCUUCAGAUGUCUUAAAGGAAGGCAGACAAUGUAAUAGAGCAGCAGGAAAUGCUAGCAGAAUGCUUGGUUGUAUAGGGAGAGGUAUUAGCAGUAGAAAGAGGGAAGUGCUCAUGCCAUUGUACAGAACACUGGUGAGACCUCACUUGGAGUAUUGUACACAGUACUGGAGACGUAUCUUCAGAAGGAUAUUGAUAGCUUAGAGAGGGUUCAGAGAAGGGCUACUAAACUGGUUCAUGGAUUGCAGGAUAAAACUUAAAAGGAAAGGUUAAAGGAGACAGGGGGGAUAUGAUAGAAACAUUUCAAUUUAUAAAGGGAAUCAACACCGUUUCGGAGGAGACUAUAUUUAAAAGAAAAACUACCACAACAAGAGGACAUAGUCUUAAAUUAGAGGGGCAAAGGUUUAAAAAUAAUAUCAGGAAGUAUUACUUUACUGAGAGGGUAGUGGAUGCAUGGACUAGCUUUCCAGCUGAAGUGGUAGAGGUUAACACAGUAAAGGAGUUUAAGCAUGCGUGGGAAAGGCAUAAGGCUAUCCUAACUAUAAGAUAAGGCCAGGGACUAAUGAAAGUAUUUAGAAAAUUGGGCAGACUAGAUGGGCAGAAUGGUUCUUAUCUGCCGUCACUUUCUAUGUUUCUAUAUUUCUAUGUUUCUGCAGCCCUGUGUAUAGCAUGCAGAGUGGGUGGCUUGCCUGGGGUCCAGUGGGGACUGGGCUGGCCAGAUACAGGUUAAGGGCAGGAGCUGUUCUACUCCUGGGCGGAUUCCAGUUUAGUUCUUGUAAAAAAAGGGAUUUGAUAUCAUUUCCUCUAAGUGCUGCAAUGUGGAAAUUGAGGAUUGUCUGUCACCAACUGCAAUCAUUGCUCAGGUUGCACUAACAGAUAUCUGAAGUCCUACUGGGACUCCUGAUAGGACAGAGUCUGUUUGGCUCUGGCAGCCUUGAGAGCUGUACAAAUGCUUACAUAGGUUGCUCACCUGUGCCCUAGGAAACACUGGUCAUUGCUACAGCCACUGCGAUUUCCAUCCAAAUAAAUAAAAUUAUAAUGAAACCUUUGUCUCAAAUAUAAAUAGCACUGCUGCCACCUUGAUAUAAACAAAUUAAAUGUGUAUAUUAAAAAAACAAAAAAAACCCUACUACCAUAGGGACACAAAUGAUGCAUAGUACAUAGCACUAAACUAUGCAGACAUAAACCAUAGUUUCUUUACACUUUUACCAUGGAAAAGCAUUUUCUACCACAUUACUAUUUUUUUCCCAGAUGUUUUACUGUGACUUAGCUGUACUAAGACUAUUACACUUUUUCCUUAGACGUGUAUGGGAUCAAUAUCUCUGCAUGAAUAACCCAAAUCAUUUCUUUUGACGUCUGUGUUCAGAUGCAAGGGUAAAUAACACAUGUGCAAGUAGGUUUGAUUAGUUUCUUUGGGGGAAGUACCGUAGGAACACACUGGUGACUAUACACUUUUGUGCGGCGCAUUCCUUCAUGUAAAGCCGUGCUGAGAUAUCUUGGUCAUUUCUUUAUUCACAUGCAUGUUCCUGGCAAAAAGAAAACAGCCCAGGGAUUUUUUAUUUUUAUUUUGCAGAAGGGACACUUGAUAUUUCUGAUAUUCUUGUGUUUGAGGCAUGUAUGUGUUUUAAUAAGGAUGUUCAGAUUCCUACUUGUGGAAUGUGUUUUUUUUAAAAAAAAAAAUAAAUUUUUUUUAUUAAGCAUCAGAAUUCUUUAUUACCUAUAAUAACUAGCCUUUGGACCGUAUCUUGAUCUGUUUACAGAAUAGGUGCGGUGGAAAUUUACAACUUUUUCUAUUUUUAUGAUGUAGAACUUUGAACAGUGAGCUAAACACUCUCUGUGAAUAGUAAGCGUUUUUUUUCUUCAUGGAGCAUGUCUCGGGAUGAGUGAGAGAAUGGCUUCAGCCGUUGUUGUGGGAACUGUCAAAAUGUGAAGUGCUGCAUUUUGUCAACUUGAGCCUUUAUUAUAAGAGAAAGUAGUCUAACUCUGAUGCAGUCAUUCUAAGCAUUCCAUAAAGAUGCUGUUUUCAUGACAUGCUUAUAAAUAACUUUUUAGUCAAAGAGCCAUAUUUAAAGGAUCAGUUAUGUACCAUAACCACAGACUGCACUAAUCCUCUGCUCUUUGAACUGCAGCGAUUUUGUAAAGAUUGCUGUGCCUGAUGUGAAUUUUGGGCUACUUAGGCUGAGCUCUUUCUAGGAAAAAAAUCUUGAUUUCUGUUCUUCACACAUAGUCCUUUUUUUUUUUUUUCUCCCUCCCUCUCCCCCUCCCCCCCAACCCAAUAGCUCUCUUUCUACAGAAACAUUUUUUUUUUUUUUUUUUCCCACUUGAAUUUCUCUCUUACUUGAAGGAACACUCCAGGCAUCAUAACAAUUUAAUCUAAAUGAAGUUAUGGUGCCAGUAGACCCCAUAUGCACGGUUAAACCAUUCUCGAAUGGUUUAACUCCAAAGUUGCCUCCAACAUCGAUCUCAACUCCCCCAGGUGGCAUCUGCUUCUGAAAUGUCAGUUUCAGGAAGCGCAAAGUGCUUUUUUCAAUACAUUUUUGUGAAUGAGUUUAUUUGCACUAAAAUUAGGAGUGUGUGUGUUUUUUUUAUGUAUCUGACAUACUUCAUUUAACCCCUUAAGGAACAAGGACGGUUCAGGACCGUCAUCGGCAUUUUCCCAUUGCUGACCGGUGACGGUCCUGAACCGUCUUAACGGUCUGAGUUACUUACCUGAUCGCUGUCGUUCCCCCGGCGGCGAUCAGCGGUGCACCCGGUGUGGGGAGACUGUCUGCAGCCCAGACAGUCUCCCCAUGGUGUAUUAGGACCCCUGGGGCCAUGUGAUCGCAAUAAGUGUCCAUGUGUCUGCCUGCAGGGGGACUGUCUGUGCUGACAGGUAGUCUCCCUGCUAGUGUAAAAUCAAUAAAAAAAAUUUAAGUUAAUGUUAAGAAAAAAAUAAAUAAUUAUGUGUGUGUGUGUGUGUGUGUGUGUGUGUGUAUAUAUAUAUAUAUAUCUCAUAAUGUCAUACUAAGUGUAUUUUAUAUUAAUAUGUACAUAUAUUAAUAUAAAAAUACUUAUAAUUAAAUUACACACGUGUGUCUCUAUCAUUAAAAAAUCUAUAUACAAUUUUAUUCUAACUGUAUUUUGAUAUUUAUUUUUAUAUAUAUAUUUAUAUCAAAAUACACUUAGAAUGAAUUUGUGUAUAUAUAAAUAAAAAUACGAAAUAUACAUAUGUCCAUAUACAAAAUUACAUAAAUAAUUCUAUAAAUAUACACAUAGACUUCAAAUAUAUAAAUAUGCAUAUAUAUUUCAAUUCUACGUGCGUAUUUAUGUAAUAUUUUUACAUAAUUAAUUUUAUUGAUUGCAAUUUGAGGGACCUGUCUGCCAACCCAAGCCGAAGGUCCAUAGAAUUUAAUUUGCUAGCACUGUAUUUUACCCUGUAACGUUCUACGACACCCUAAAACCUGUACUUGGGGGGGUUACUGUUUUACUCGGGAGACUUCACUGAACACAAAUAUUAGUAAUUCAAAACAGUAAAACAUAUCACAGCGAUGAUAUUGUCAGUGAAAGUUACUUUUUUUGCAUUUUUCACACACACACAGCACUCUUACUGAUGAUAUAAUUGUUGUGAUACGUUUUUGAAAACCCUUAUAUUUGUGUUCAGCGAAGUCUCCCGAGUAAAACAGUACCUCCCAUGUACAGGUUUUAUAGCAUUUUUGAAUGUUACAGGGUCAAAUAUAUGGGUCAAAUAUUUUUACAUUGAAAAUGGCCAGGUUGGUUGCCUUUGAGAGCGUAUGGUAGCCCAGGAAUGAGAAUUACCCCCAUGAUGGCAUACCAUUUGCAAAAGAAGACAACCCAAGGUAUUGCAAAUGGGGUAUGUCCAGUCUUUUUUAGUAGCCACUUAGUCACAAACACUGACCCAAAUUAGCGUUCAAUUUAGUUUUUAACUUUUUUCAAACACAAACAAAUAUGAAUGCUAACUUUGGCCAGUGUUUUCGCCUAAGUGGCUACUAAAAAAGACUGGACAUACCCCAUAUUGAAUACCCUGGUUGUCUACUUUAAAAAAAAAUGUACAUGUGGGGUGUUAUUCAGAGAUUUAUGACAGAUAAUAGUGUUACAAUGUCACUAUUGUUAAAAAUGUAUAUUUUGAAACCGCAAUAUCCUACUUGUACCUAUAGUCCUAUAACUUGCAAAAAACCACGUAAACACUGGGUAUUUUUAAACUCAGGACAAAAUUUUGAAUCUAUUUUAGCAGGUUUUUUUUUCAUUCGCUUUUGUAGAUGAGUAAAAGUCAAAAAACAUGUAAUUUUUUUUUUCCCAUCAUAUUUUUUUUAAAUUAAAUUACAUGAGAUUAUAUAAAUAAUGGUAUGCAAAGAAAGCCCCUUUUGUCCUGAAAAAAAAUUAUAUAAUUUGUAUGGGAACCGUAAAUGAGAGAGCGGAAAAUUACAGCUAAACAGAAACACCACAAAAGUGUAAAAAUAUGCCUGGUCGCAAAUGUACAACAUCGCAAAAACAGUCCAAUCCUUAAGGGGUUAAAAAAGAAUGUAUGUAUCUUUCCCUUCAAAACUUGAUGAAAGGAUUAUUAUAUUAAAUUGUUUUGAGGUACCGUAUUUUCCGACAUAUAAGACGACUUUUUACCCCUGGAAAAUCUUUUCCAAAGUGGGGGGUCGUCUUAUACGCCGGGUAUGCUAAUGCUGCAGCCGCCUGAGCACUCUAUAGAGAGCGCUCAGACGGCUGCCGCACUGCCUCUCUUAACUCCUCUUCCCUGUGCAGAGUGGGUGGCCGAGCUCCUCUUUGUCCUGUCAGUCCGGACUGAAAGGAAGUGCACACUGAGAACAGGGAAGGGGAGGUGAAGGGGAGGUGACAGGGAGGGAGGGAGGGAGUAAAAAGAAUGGAGGAGGGUGGGGGGAGUAAAAAGAAUGGAGGGUGGGGGAGUAAAAAAGAAUGGAGGGUGGGGGGAGUAAAACGAAUAGAGGGUGGGGAUGGGGGUGGAGUAAAAAGAAUGGAAAAGAAUGGAGGGUGGGGGAGUAAAACGAAUGGAGGGUGGGGGUGGAGUAAAAAGAAUGGAGGUGGGGGAAAAACGAAUGGAGGGUGGGGUGGGUGUGGGAGGAGUAAAAAAAUGGGGGGUGUAAAACAAUUGGGGGCGUGAAUAAAAAAUGGAGGGGGGAUUAAAAAUAAUGGAGGGGGAUAAAAAAAGAAUGGAGGGGGGAUUAAAAAAGAAUGGAGGGGCUUUAAAUGCUAUUUCAGAUUAUCAUUAUUUAAAGGACCACUCUAGGCACCCAGACCACUUCAGCUUAAUGAAGUGGUCUGGGUGCCAGGUCCAGCUAGGAUUAACCCAUUUCAGAGAAACUGCUAUGUUUACUAAUGGGUUAAUCCUUCCUCCAAUUCCUCUAGUGGCUGUCUCAUUGACAGCCGCUAGAGGCGCUUGCGUGAUUCUCACUGUGAAAAUCACAGUGAGAGCACGCAAGCGUCCAUAGGAAAGCAUUGUAAAUGCUUUCCUAUGCGACCGGCUGAAUGUGCGCGCAGCUCUUGCCGCGCGUGCGCAUUCAGCUGAAUGGGAGGAACGGAGGAGGAUCGGAGGAGGAGCGCUCCCUGCCCAGCGCUGGAAAAAGGUAAGUUUUUACCCCUUUUCUCUCCCCAGAGCCAGGCGGGAGGGGGACCCUGAGGACACUAAAGUGCCAGGAAAACGAGUGUUUUCCUGGCAAUAUAGUGGUCCUUUAAUGUUUUGCUGUGUAGCUCUGUCUGCUCACUGUACAUCAUUGCUAAUUUUUAUUUGGUGUGCAUUGGAAGAGGGGUAGUCUUAUACGGCGAGUAUAUCCCAAACUCUAUAUUUUAACUGGAAAAGUUGGGGGUCGUCUUAUACGCCGGAAAAUACGGUAGUAGUUCUUUAAGUUUUAGCAUAAAUUCUCAAAAAUGGUUAACACUUUCUGAGGUUGUUUAAAAUAAAUUAUAUAUAUUUUUUUAUUCUUUACUUUGUACUUGUUAGCAGUAAAACCAGUGGUCUGAACCUGUGGAGAUAACCUCUUUAUUUUAUAUUUGGUUUGUUUUAUUUUAUAGUCCAUCUCACAGUGGUCAUGCAAGUAGGUAGUCUGCCAACCAGAAGCAGGAGAUGUGAAUCACUAUUUAUCUUUCACAGAACACACAGUAAGAGAUGCUUGUUUCUUGAUAAUGUCAUUAAUUACACAUAAAAUAAAAAUAAAAUUUCACAUUGGGAAGCCGAAACGGGCAGCGUGCAUGCUUCAUAUUGCAGCAUACUGACUGCCUAGAAGCCGUUGGUCGUUUUUUUUUGCCUGGAUCCACUUUGUUACGUCAAAGGAUUAUGUUCUGGAAUCUAUUUUUCCCAUCCCUAUUUCCAAUAACUAAGAAACUACACAGACCUUAUUUUGGAUUAAUACAAACUGUGGUGCAAGCAAUGCUGUUGGUAUAGUACACUCUCUCAAUAACUAUAUAUUUCAAAUAAAAUGAAGUCUCUCUCUAACUUUAGAUUUCUUUUUGUAUGCUGCCUUUCUUCAUUUUUCUUCUUUCCAUAGAGAAAUUUAAAAUGUAAAAAUGAUUAAGGCGUUUCUGUAUUGUACUAGAAACAGGAUGCACAAAUAUUAGUUCCUGAAGCCACGUUGUCAAAGUCCAGUGACAUGGAAAACAAACUUGCUUUGGUAAAUACUGUGCCUUUUGUUGAAUGACCGAGAAUGUCACUUUUUGUGGUUUCUCCAAUCAUCUGUCCUGCUGUUGCCAACUUGGCCAUCUCCAAUAAUUGGGUGGAUUUUUUUUUUUCUUUUCAAACACUGUUCAUAUAACCAGAAUAAAUAUGGCUUUUUAAAUAAUUCUAUUUAAAGGAAAUAUCUAGUUGUGUGUGUGUGUGUGUGUGUCCCCUUCCUUUUAUAUAAUGUACCCCAUUCCUCCCUGUCACAAGUUAUCACAGUGCAGGGAUGGACUAAGAGCCUUUGGGGACCUUGGACAAAAGUAGAUCAGAGGCAGUAUGAAGGCCAAAUAUUAUGUUUAUAUAUUAAAUAUAACUCUCACGUAAAACUGUAUUCUUUGGAUGUAUACAGUAUGAAGACCUGUGUAUACAUGCAUGUUUGUAGAAUCUGUACAAAUGCACUUGUGCAUUGUCUGAAAGGAUGCAUGUGCUUUUUUGCAUAUAAUGUCACUAUUAAUACUUAUGUGUUGAUCAUCAGUGUGUGACUACAUGUAUGCAUUUGAGUGUAGUGAACAUGUGUAAAUGGAGAAAUGUGUUUUUGUUUUUGUUUUGUCUGCUGCAAAUAUAUUAAAGCAAUGAUGUAUUUGUAUGUGACUUCAUAUUACAUACUAUGUGUCAAAGAAGGGAUAUGUAUGUGUGUGUAAUGAUGUGCAUCAAUCUUAAAGUAUAAUAUGUGUAGUCACACAGGUUUAGUUGCAUGUAGUGCAAGAGUGUGAAUACAUUGUUCUAUGAGUAACAGGUGUGUGUGUGUGUGUGUAAGCAGGGGCAUCUGUAUGGAAUGUAGGGUGACGUGAAUGUAAGGGUGUUUUUAUGCUGGGGUGUAAUUUUGUUGAGGGUCUAUGUGUGUAAAUAAAGGUUUGUGUAUCAAUGUAAAAGUUUGGAGAGUCUGUGUUUGAAUUCAGGGACAGAGUUUUAUGGUGUGCCUGUGUGUGAACACGAGUACAUUUGAGCAGUGUGCAUGUGUGUAGAGAGUAAGUAUCUGUAAAUGACGAGUGUAUUAGAAAUUUGUCUCCGCAUGUGAGGGGUGUAGUUGUAAAUUGUGUGUGUGAAUGAAAAGUGCAAUUCAUACCUCUGUCAAAGUGUUUGUGUAUAAGAGCCUUAUUUAUAUGGUGCAAGUGUAUUUUUUUUAUUUUUUUAUUUAUUUUUUAUUUUGUUGUUCUCCCACCUCCUUUGGUGCCAUUUACAUAAUCCUCCUCCACUUGUGUCUUUACAUCACACACCUGUUUGUCUCCACAUUAUCUCCUCUUACCCCUCCAUCGCCAUCCUGUGAUCUCCACAACUGUUACAUUUCAUACUAUUCCUUUCCAAACACCCCAUUUGUGCCUUUCUUCCAUCCUUGACAAAGUUUUCUAACCUUCCCCUUUCAUUUUUGCCCCUCAUAAAGCUCAAUGUCUAUACACAAGACCCUUGUGCAGUGGUGGAACUGGUGUAGAGGGCUCUGGUGCAAGAAAUUUUAUUUUUAGCCCCUUGUAGUGCAAGGUUAACACAAAGGUAGAUCCCCAUCCAUCGUACAACUCCCACAAUGUUAUGCCAGCUGGAGAGCUUCCAUUUCCCUGUCUUUGCAGGGUUUCAUUUAGUAACAAUGUUUGAAUGUAAUGUUUUGUACAGAGUAUAUGUGUGCAGGUAAAAAUUUAAUUGUAUGUUCUGUUGCCAUUGGAAUGUAGUGGUGGUGGUGGUGGGGUGUGUGUGUGUGUGUGUGUGGUGUUUGCAUUUGAAUGCAGGGGUGUUUUUGUAUGUAGUGUUGGAUUUUAAAUGUUGGUAUAUAAAUGAAGGGGUGUUUUGUAUAUAAUUUGGACAGUUUUUUUUUUUUUUUAUACAGGGUGUGUGCAUGUUGUAUUGGUGUUUGCUGAGAUGUAUGUACACAGAUAAACAUACAUAUUUACACACACUGAUACACACACUAAUACAUACACAUAUACAUGUCAGAAUUUCUAGCAUCUGUUCUGUUAAGGUAACAUUUAUGUGCUGAAUGGUAGCUUGCCUAGGGUACUGCUGCUGGCUCAGUCUAAUGGGAGGGUGGCUCUGGAGCUGGGUCUCUCCCCCUUCUUUUGUGCUGUCUCCUCUUCCUCACACAUGGUUGUUCCUGGAGCUGGGAGGAAUUGAUCUGAACUCCCUUCCUCCCAGCAUCACCAAUGUGAAAAAAAACUGUUUUUUGUUUGUGUUUUUUCUCAUUUCUUUUCAUUUCAACAAUACCCAUACAUGUGAUCUUUACAGAACCAGUUAAUAUGGGAGUCUGAACAUGAUCAGAAACAAGCUUAUUUGAAGAGAAUAGAUCUAACUUUCUUGAAUUUGCUUCUUUCUUAUGAAAUUUCGGCAAUUCAUGUCAAAACAUAAAAUCUAAGGAAAAAGUUGUAAAAAUUGGAAAAUGUCACAGGCAAUUCCCAGAAAACCAAGUGAUCAAACUACUAAAUGGCAUACAGUAAUCUAAAUGCCCAAACCACAUCUUUACACUAAAGUUGUUUUGGUGCUUUGUGUCCCCUUAAACUGAACUGAAACUGUGGACAUUUUUUUUUCUUUCUCCAAUACACACGACCAAGAACAAAAAACAUGUUUGAAGGGACUCUCUCUACUCCUAAAGUGCUGUGUGUGUGUGUAUGUAUGUAUGUAUGUAUGUAUGUAUGAAUUAGUCUGGUUACACCCCCUUGGCUUUCAAGCAAACUGGUAAAAUUACUUCCUUGUAUGUUUAGCUCAGUUAAGCUAGUCAAGAAGUAGCAAUAGCCCAGACCAGAGAACCUGUUCUGCAAAGACUUCUCACUGAGCUGCAUUGGGAAGUCUGUGAUUGGAUAGCCAUAGGAAGUUUGGGUGGGGUUAGAAAGGGAGGGUUUGCAAGGGCAUCAGACAAGAGAUCAACAGCUUUUGCAAGCGAAGAUAUGCCCCAAUGAAAAUGCAUAGUUAAAAUAAAUGCAUGUUUUAAAUUGUGGUAGAUCUACUAAGCAGCAUUUUUUUUAAAUGUAUUUUGUCUUUGGCAAGGGAGUGUCCCUUUAAUACUCCAGCCUUGUUACAAUAAAAAAAAAUGUUCUGUCAGACUGGACACAAUGGCCAUCCUACAGAGUUAGUUGACAAUUUAAAGAGACACUAUAGCAUCAACACAACUUUAGCUUAAUGAAGCUGUUUUUGUGUAUAGAUCGUGCCUCUUUUGUGUAUAGAUCAUGCCUCUGUUUCACUGCGCAACUCACUGCCAUUUAGGAGUGAAUUCACUUUUAUUUCUGUUUUUGCAGACCUUGUCACAUCUCCCCUGGCUGUGACUGGCACAGCCUGCAUAAACAAAAUGGUUAUAUUUUCAAUGAGAUGAUAACUUGGUCUAGAAGUUUUUAUCUCCCGCUCUGUAAAUUGAAUUUUAAUCACACACAGGAGACUCCUUCCGGGUCUAGAAGGCUAUUAACAGAGCAGGAGAUAAGAUUUUCUAAAUAAAACGGACGUUGCAAUAAAGGAAGUGUAAAUAUUAGAUGACUUUACAGGAAGUGUUUAGGAAGGCUGUGCAAGUCACAUGCAUGUAGGUGUGACUAGAGCUGCAUAAACAGUAAUUUAACUCCUAAAUGGCUGAAAAUUUGAAUUUCACAGUGAGACUGCAGUGGCAUGAGCUAUACACAAAUACUGGUUAAUUAAGAUAACAUUGUUUUGGUGACUAUAGUGUCUCUUUAAUGCUUACUUUAAAGUUGCUUGCAGCAAUGUCAAGUGUGGACAAACUGCCGAAAGCUGAGAAUAAGACCCAGAACGCAUUGGGAAUGGUUCUAAAUAGCUUGGUAAAGUUGUUCCUUUAUGUGGUGGGAAAUGUGUAACUUAUUCGGCUGGGAGAGAUGUAGAACGUUCUUUUGAGGACUGAUACUUCCUCUCGUCCUAUAAUAUUAUCUGCUGUAGCAGAUUACUCGUAUUGUAACUGGUGCAUAAUCGCACAAGCCAGGAAUAAGAUUAGAAAUUGAUAUAAAACUUUUGGCUUGUCUUUUGCUUUCACCUUUGUGUUGCUCGCUUUAGAAAAUAGUACCGGGCUUUCACAAAGUGGAAUCAGACACCUUUUAAUUCUAGCUUUCCUGGCACCAUCUGAAAGCAAGAUAAACACUUGGCCCUAUCUGCAGGAGCUAGAGAAGCUAGUCUUUGUCUCUUAAAAACCUUAAGGUCACUCCUUUUUGAGAAGGACAAGAUGCACUACUGCAUGGGGAUCAGCCCAACAAACCCCUUGCUGUAGGCAGGUUAACCUUUUUAUCUUUAAAGGUUUGAGAUAACAUUGUCUUGGGACUAGUUAAUUACAUUUAAUAGUGCUGCAAGAACACAUGGAUGAAUAUCAAUGACUCCAAACAGGCAUGUCACUUGACGGGUUACCCUUCCCUUAAGAGAGGUACUUUAUGAUUUUGUGAUGACUAUAGGAAUAUUAGUAUCCAAAGCAUGAUGCAUUCAUAUUCAUUUUAGAUGUAUUUACCAUGUGUAUUGGUUUUUGUGUGCGCAUGUGUUUUACAUAAAUUCAAAUAAAGGGCUUAAAACCUUCAAUUUGGCCUUUAAAAAAAAAAAAAAAUUGAAUUUCACAUCAUAGCAUUUGAAAACCCAAAAUUUAGACUAAAAUAGCAGAUUUUAGAACAAAAUUUAGUUCUAGUAACAGCAUGACUAUUUCAGACUAAGUAUUACAAUUCAGAUUCUAAAUCCCUUCAAUUUGGUAUUUAGUAAAGAAACUAAAAGCUAAGCAUUCUCCGGAAGUUCACACUUUCCCCCCUGCGUUUUAUGCCGUUGGUGGAUGAUGAUGAGUUGUCUCAUAACGCAUUGACUGGACCCUUUGGGUAGUUAUAGCCUAGAUCCCCAACAAUGCUUAGAUAUGAUGUAUUCUAACAUUGAAAUGAUAAUCUAUUGGUAUGGUGUGAUUGGGGAGAGAGCUAUCCAACACCACUACACUACCAGUGCCAUAUACCAUGCAUGGGUUAAUGUUGUUUAUGCCACAUUUUGACUUUACGGCAAUAGAAAUUGUGAGUUAUUUUACUAGGUAAAGUACCCCCUCCCUCCCCAUUCAUCAGUUGUCCAGUCAUGUCGCCUUCUCUUGCUUUUCCAUGUUGAUGUUCUGCGGCCUCAGUUCUUUUUGUGUUGUGUUGAUAUUUAGGGUCUGUGUUGUUAGUGGAAACCUAUAUAAUCUGAAAUUAUCUGAAUCAGCAUGUAGGUGAGGAUGAAAAAUUGCUGUUCUUAGUGGCUGUGUGAUUUAAAAAAAAAAAAAAAAAAAAUUACCAAAAAAUUAUUAUUUUUUUACAUGGUAGUCAUAGCUUAAGCUAUUAAAAUUAAAAUGUGCUCUGAUAUGCAGUGAAUCCUAGCUUGAUCCAUUUCAUAGGCCAACAUUAUCUAGCAUCAUCUUUUCACAUUUCAGCUUAAUACAUUUCUAAUACUAUGAGUGUGGGGUGUGUAAUGUAAGAACCUAUGUUGCUUUUCCAGUUUUACAUGAUCUUAAUCUCCAGGUGUCUGUGAUAGAAAUCCAUUUGGAUAAUUACUUUUGAUAAGAGUGUAGUAGUGUGAGCUCUCCAAACGUUGCCAGCAAGGUUCCACGGGAGAAUCUUCACAAUAUUUUGACAAUAUAAUUUGCUAGAUAGGAGAUUGGAUUUCUUGUUAUCCUUCUCGGGAUCAAAAUCCCUGCUAUCUUUUAAAAGGAUGCUCAAAGCACGAUUAUAAAUGUUCAUUGUCCUUGUGAGAGCUAUGGUGCACGGAGUCUAAUUUCAUUCUGUUAGUGAUUUCUGCAAAUCACUGCAGUCAUGACUGUCAUUGAAAACACCUGUCUUCUAUUGUAUUUUAUUACAGGGAGAAGCAGAGCUGCACAUGCCGUACCAGUUCUAAAUAGCAUGGGCUCUCUUGUGGAUGUAUAUGUGUGUAUAUAUAUAUAUAUGUGUGUGUGUGUGUGUGUGUGUGUGUAUGUAUGUAUGUAUGUAUGUAUGUAUGUAUGUAUAUAUAUGUGUGUAUAUAUAUAUAUAUAUAUAUAUAUAUAUAUAUAUAUUUUAUUGGAUAGUUUGACGGCAAUAUGAAUUAUAUUAAAAAACAGUGAAAUCACGUUGAGCUGGACAGUGAAUGGUAGUUAUACAGUCAUAUUAAGUCAUGUUGUUUAUAUUUUUACAAGGGAAAGCAGCAAAUGUGUAGGAAAUGUAUAAACAAGGAGAGUAGUCAUUGUAUUAAAGAGGAAGUCUGCCCCCAGAGCAUUGUCAUGGUUCCUGGCACCCAGAAAUUCAUAUUGAAAGCCAACAAAUGAAUUUGUACAUUGCUCUGCAGAUAUUAGCUUGCCAAGUCGUUAAUUGUCUUUUACGUGAUUGAAUCUAAACGUGUCCCACAAAUCCCUGUAGGUGACUUUUUUUUUUUUUUUUAACAAAGGCUAAAUAAGACCUGUUUGAAGGUAUUUUACAUGUUAAUGCAAUCACAUGUUAAAUAUGGAUAGUAAACUUGUAAAACGAUUAACUGAAUGCGUUUUAUACAUGGAUACAGAAAAACUAUGGGUAAAUGAAUAAAAAGGUGAAUUUGCUGCCCAUUUACAAACAAUAACAAACUCUGUUAAUACAAUAAUGUCAAUUGUGAAACAGGAGCUUUCAGCAAAUACUGUGAAAAUGCCACAACUGUACCAUCAGGGCUGGAUUAACAGCCCAUUGGGCCUGGUGCUAACCAUUAUGAUGGCCCUAAUUACAGAAUCUUAUCAACAGAAAACACUAAAAUAGUUAUAAAUGUCAUGUAACUGGUGGUGCUGGAGGGAAACUCACAGGAUAUAGCUAUCAGAAAACACAUUACCCUAUACUAAUCUCUUGCUUUCAAGUCCAUUCCCCCUAACAGCAGGAUGUCGGACGGGGUAAAAGGGUGGGCUACUGAUGUGAAUCCCGUAACCAGAACUGCCCAAAGGGACAAACAUACUGUCAGCCAGUGCACACCAGUGUUGUCCCCUUGCAACCCUCUAAGUUUCCAUACUUAGGCAAGAGCAGAUUUUUUUUUUUUUUUUUUUUUUAAUCAGUGGGCCUAUUCUACACGCAUGGGCCUGGAGCUGCAGCUUCAUCAGCCCCUAUGGUAAACUGGAAAAAAAUUAAGUGUCCAAACUAAACCAUUAAUGCAUAUCCUAGAUCUUUUCUAUACCAAAUGAAAAAUGUAAUUUAAAGUGGCAUUACUAUUUGAAACCUCCUCUAAUUUUAUACUUGGGGACAGUGAGGGCACUGCUAAAGUGAUCUGCACUCAGUACUGGUGAACACCAACACUCCCUUGAACAGGCGAUGGCUGAUCAUUGAGAUUGUUUUGAUCUCUCUCUGCUAGCUCAAGCAGUUCCCUCUUUUUUUUUUUUUUUUUUUUUAUUUUUUUUUUUUGUUUUACCCAAAUAACUUAAAACAUGGACUCCAGUGGGUUAUGGCAUCAUUUAAUUUCCCAUUCACUUUGCCUGUUAUGAAAAUGGCAAAAUCUAAUUAUUUGGUAGCAUAGCAUGUGACUGCAUUGCAUACCUAAAUGAAUCAUUUUAAAGUAGACAAGAGAAAAGUUCCAUUGCUGUAUGUGAACGUUUCUUUAUUUUAAUGUGUGUUCUGUACUUCACUCCCACCUCUUCCUUCCUGGUCUCUAGUUAUUUUACAUGUUCUGUUCAUGCACCACUUGUACUAGGGCUUGGUGCUCCUUUACUGGUCCUCUAAUAUCAGCUAUGGCCAAAAAGUAACUAAACAGUUGCAGAACUACCAAUACUAAUGGCAGAGCCCAGUACACUAAUUAAUGAAUCUAGCUGUGUAAGUAAUUGCAGUCAUGGUAUGGCUGCUAUCCUUUUAAAGAGCAGGUUCAAUCAUCCUUUAAGGCUGGAAAAGCAUUCUCAUAGUUGUAUUCCACUACAGUUGCUAUCUACCUUGUGAAAGUUUUAAUCCCAAAACUCCUUAUACGAAUCCACUGGAAGAAUAGCCUAUUUAUUUAUUUUUUUUAAAUAACCAAAUGGUCAUGGUAAUACGAUGCUUUGCCCUAAGUUCAUUGUUUCUUUAAGCUGUGAAUGACACACCUAGUUCACAAGGAACUCGUUGCUUUUCAGUUGCAAAUGUUGGUGUCAACCUGUUUGAUCAGUUGUGUUUGUGUAUAUAUGUGAUGUACACUGCAGUCAUAUUGCUCUGCCUUCCUUUUCCUCAGGUGCCUGUCUGAAUGUUGUAUUUAAUGGACUAGCUACAGAUCUCGACCACACUUAGUGCAGCUGUAAGGACUUCAAAUAUCUCACAAUGCGGUUAUUAAGAAGGAACUAUGGGCCGCUAAAGCUUGCUGUGGUGGGCAUAUUUUUUGUGAUUUUUGUAUUCAUUAUGCAGAAGGAUGUUGGAAGCGGCACCAAAGAUGAUCCAUGGCUAAAGAAUAUAGUUGAAAGAAAAGAUCAAGUUCUUGACAUAAUGAUGGGAGCUGUGAAUAAUUUAAGGGAUUCUAUGCCAAAACUCCAGAUUAACGCCCCUGUGCAACAAGAGGAACAAGUUGAUAACAGCAAGUCGUGCCUUCCUGGCUAUUACACCCCAGCAGAACUCAAGCCAUUUAUGGAGAGACCACCACAAGAUCCCAAUAGCCCUGGAGCUGAUGGAAAAGCAUUUAAGAAGGAUCAGUGGACCCAAGAAGAAACAAAGCAGAAAGAGAAGGGCUAUGAAAAGCAUUGUUUUAAUGCUUUUGCAAGUGAAAAAGUAUCUCUUCACAGAGCCUUGGGACCUGACACAAGACCACCAGAGUAAGCAUUUUCUAUCCAUUUAUUUCCUGAUACGUGAUAAAGAAAUAUAAAACCAAAAAGAAUUCUAAAAAAAAAAUGUUCUAAAUUCUGGCUACAAAAACACUUAUGAAUACAUGCACAAACUGCUGAGGCAAAACAAAUGCUAUCCUGGGGCAAACUACUAAAUAAGAGGCAAUCACCAUGGAAACCAAUGGCAUGUCUCUAAGUUAGUACUUUUCUCCAGAAUAGCAAUUUGUCAUGUCUUUUCUUUGUGUUUGUUUUUGAAAGGUUUAAAAAAAAAAAAAAAAAAAAUAGUCAAGAAUAGAUUUUCUGAUCUCUCUCUCUCUCUCUCUCUUUCUCUCUCUAUUAUCCAAUGUAAUGCCAUUUUGUGAAACAUUAGCUUGUUUGAAUAAUUUUUCCAAUAUUUUGUAUGGACAAUAUUUAGAUGAGCCGAACCAAAUUUUUCUCCAAAGCACCAAUCUAGUAAUUAAUAAUACAUAUGUAGUUGGAUACAAAGACCGGCUACAAAAAAAAAUCUCUCCUGCUCAAAGUAAUGAUGGAGUUUUAUAGCUGGCAAUUUACAAAGGGAUAAUAAAAAGCAUUUGUUAUUGAAAGGAUCUGGUAGAAGGUGUAGAAUAUUCCUGGUUUAGUUCACAUGGCAAGAUUCGGUGAACCUUGACAUGACGUGACCGUUUUUUACCUAUGACUUCACUUGCAAAUGUGAACAAACUGAAAAAUGUAGAUCAUAUGAACUCUGCGUACAGCGGUACACACAGGCUUAACGAUCUGGUACUAUAGCAUGUCCUUUAAAAAUGGGCCUUUCUAUGUCAUGAAUGCUUUACCCACUGGAAAAAGGCAGGGUUUUCUUUAGAAAAAUCGUACCAAUCUAAUUUGGAUGGUUUCUUCCUUUUGAUUACAUUAAUGUAUAUUUGUAGAGAUGUGGAUGUAGUCUAUCUAGUUCCACAAUAUGGAAUUGGACAUAGAGGUUGCAGAAUAGGUUAAAUACUGAUAAUUGAGUGCUGUGAUAAGCUCUUAAAGUAAAGAUGAAUGGAAUUACUGGGCAGCUUGAAAAUAUUAAAAAUGUGAGCAGGCCAACAAUUGAGCACACCGUUUGUGUACGCAAAAAUGUACAUAGCAGGAGAGGUCUUAUAUGAAAUGAUAAAAAAAAAAAAAUGCAUCACCACUUCACGAACAUCUAAAAUAUUGUGCCCACAUCUUGAACUUAUCCAAAAUAUAGAUAAAAAAGACAGAAAAAAAUAUCUGUAAAUGCUAGAAUAGUGCAUGUGCUGUAUAUUGAGAAAGACUGCUUGAAAUAUGCAUUGCUUGAAGCAGCAGAUAUAGAAGUGAAAUAAGGUAUUUUAUAGUAUGUGUAUAUUUAACUAAAAGGGAAGUAUGAGUAACAUCAGAGCAUCGUUUUAGCCUAAAAGAGUUGUAGAUGCAUGAAAUUGUCUUCCUCCACUGUCUGCAGAAACGCAAAUAGUGGAACAAUUCAAUGAAACCUGGGAUAGACAAAAUAAUAAAAUCUUUGGUUUCUGUGUUUAAAAAAAUGUAUUUCUGCUUGUUGAAAAAGUUGUAUGUUAAUAUUGUCCAUGUUUGUUUGCUUUUUAAAAAACUAUGGUUAAAUUGUAUACUAAGCAUUUAACAACCCACUGACCGUUUACAAGUGAGUCAUUGACACUCCCAGAAAAUUCUCUACAUCCUAUUAUAAAUUAAGUUGAAAAUCCAGUUUCAUUGAGCUGUAGCCACGUCAUCGGAAAUUAUUCUGAAAAUGUUUUACUACAUGGUAAACUUUAACAAAAAUUCAAAUGUAUUUUAAAACAAAACAUACCUGCAUUUUAAUGUCACUGUUUAGUAUGUUCUGUCAGAUUAACAUAUUUAAAAUAUUUUUCAAACCUUUGUUCAGGAAUCGGUAAAACACAUACUAACUCUGUUUCUAUCUAGAAAUUGUCUUGUAAUUUUGCUGGCCCAAUCUUCUAUAUUGAACAAUUGUAUAAAAUACCUGGAGAGAGAGCAUUAUCCACACAUUUAUGGAUGAUAUUAGGAUAAUAAGAAAACUAAAUACAAAUCCUAGAAACAAACAGCAAGUCUAGACCCCUAAAGCACUUCUUCACAACGUGUUUUAGGUGUUAAUACCAAUUCGUAAAAGUGCAGGUUUCAAGAGAACUUUGUCUAAUGCUUGCCUUUAAGAAGUGUACUACUGGGCAAUUGCCUCAUAGAAUUGGUGCAUUAGCGCAAAUUGGAGUAGUGAGUUUUGAGAAAGGACUGCUGCUGGAGAAAAGGUGCAUAUGGAUGAAAUAAAGCAAAUUAAUGUAUUUUUUGGUAUUCUUUUACGCUGGAGUGAUUUUUGUUUGUUUGUUUUUUGUUUUUUAAUAAGAACGCUAUGCUUGGAGAGUAGGACUGUCCGUGGUUGGAGAUCUUUUCUACUCUCCCUGUCACUCAAUUGGCAUAGAGUCAAUGUCAAAAUUGAUUGACCGGCUCAAGUCUUCUUUUUAAAUAGGUCCCCACCUCCAAUCUAUAAAUUUGCAAGCAAAUUUGCUAAUGCAGGGCUUUAUAAAUUGGCUUGGAAUCUAGGAGCCAGCUAAAAAAGUUAGACUUUUUUUUUUUUUUUUUAAACUAACAGUUUCAUUUUCAGUGAUAAAAAUGAAAUUCUACAUCUUAAUCGAAUAGUUCUGGUAUCUAUAUCCUGUCGGCUUUUCAAUGUAAACACUGCCUUUUCAGAGAAAAGGAAGUGAGUACAUUGCUGCCUUCCAUCACUUCUAGUGACAGUGACUCAGAUGGUCACUAGAGGUGAUUCCUAAUCUAGUACUGCACAGUGUCCAAGACCAGCAUGGCAUAGGAAAAAAGGAGCGUAAAAACACUUUACCCAAGCAAUCGGAGGGUUAAGGUAACCCAAACUCACUGGCGCACAUUUUCUCAUACUCUCAAAUUAUUCCUUUUUUUUGUCCAUCCACCCUCCUUACCUAUGGGAGACCUGGAGUGGAUCCUUUCUCUGGGGUUCAGUGGGGCUCCUGUAGUCUUUAAGACCUUCUUGCUCUUCUCCUUCUCGUGUUUAGUAAUGCCGGGGCUGAAGUGACAUAAUUUUCUGGUAACACAGCAGAGCAAGAACUACAGGAAGAAUAUAUAUAUAUAUAUAUAUACAUUUUUUUUUUUUCUGCUCCUUGGUGCCCGUGAUCCAUGCCCGCUGAACUGACAAACAAACAGACACUAGGGCAAAAUUCCUAGAUGCUAUGGCUAGAUGGUGCCUUGAUUUGUUGAGCCCUGUGCUAGCUCAAUGAAUUGACUGAGAUUUAUGCUCUCAAAAAAAUGAAAGUAUUGAUUGGUAUCCUUUACAUUUUUUAAAAUAGCCAUGCGGUUUCUCGUCUGGCUCCCAGUAUCAGAAAAAGUAAUUUAUUUUAUAUAAAAUGUCCUUGGCAGCAAAGCCUUCAAACAUAGUGGUGAGAUUAAGUUCACCAGACCAGCCCUAUGUUCAGCAAAGGAAAAUGACCAUCCACAGUCACUCCUUUACCAACCAUAAGAUUUCACGCCUUUUGAAUUAGUCAAUUUUAGGGCUUCGCAGCAUCCAUUGAAAGUAGCAAUACUGUUGGAACCAGUUCUUCCCAUAGAGAAUGACUGAUGAUAUUGGCUAUAGACUCUCUUUAAUAGUGUCCUACCGGUAACUCCAUGUGAAAUUGGCAGCACCUGACAUGUUAAUCAACAAUUAGUGAUGUUAAGAAAAAAGGAAAUAUUUUAGUCAAUAGUUGAGUUGAAGAGACACCUGGAUGUUCGGUUCGGCCGUAAUUCUGCAAAAGUUUUAUGCUCAGGACUUGAACUUGACCCCAACCCAAACUCUAUUGAAGUCAAUGGGGACCCAACUUUUGGGCCCUAAAAUAGCUCUAAAAAGUCCUGAGAGGGCUGCAAAAGGAAAUAAAAUGUAUUUCCUAAGUACUUAUAUACUUACCCAGUGGAGGAAGAAGAAUGUUACAUUGUAUACAAUUUUAAAUAAAAAAGUAUGGACAUAGCCAGGAUUCAGCUGUAAGCAUUGGCAACACUUACAACAAUCAAGUAACACACAUUCAUAUUAAAUGAAAGCUACUUGGCCAGUCAAUGUAAUGACUGAAUGAAUAAGUAGAUAACUCCCUAAUUCCCACAGUAUUAGAGAGUUGAGCUCCUAAAGGCUGAAAAGACCUGAAUCUCUUUCAGCUAAAUUUAAUAAUACAGUAAAGAUUACUUAGUAUUAGUAAAUUAUGCCCCUACUGGGUAUGUCAAUUAAACAGUGAGCAGCCCAUGACUGCUCACUGUUUAAAUAAAAAUUAGCUCCCUCCACCCUGAACGGGCACGGGAACCUACUAGAAUAAGGGGGACCUAUUGUCCUCCUCUGGCCCCCACCGAGUGGCGGGUGGGGCCCUAAAUUAGAAUAAGGGGACCUAAUGUCCUCCCUCUGGCCCCCACCCCUGAGCGGUGGCUGGGGCCUAAAUUACAAUAGGGGGACCAUUAUGUCCUCCCCUGGCCCCCACCCCUGAGUGGUGGUGGGUGACUUAAAUAAAAUUGGGAAUCUCAUGGGCCCCAACCGCUCAGGGUGGGGGCCAAUAGGUUUUUAUUUUAUUUUUAUUUUAUUUAUUUUUACAGUGAGCAGCUACUGUCUCGAAUUUCUAAUAAGCAAUCUUUACUUAGUAUUAGAAAUGUGGCUGAAAACCAAUUUAGGUCUUUCAGCCUUUUGUAAAUAGCUCCCUAAUACCGCGGGAAUUAGGAGUUAUCGAUUAAGCCGCCAGGAUGCAGCCGGAAUGAAUAGGAUCAGAAUUUCAUUCAUUCUAAUGAAAUUGCGAUAUCAACAAAGUCCCAAUUAUGCUCUAACCCAAUGGAGAAACUGCUCUCAUUCUGUUAGAUGCAAUUCUGCAGUUUUGUCAAACGCUUGUUGAUUGGCUUCCCUGCAGCUUUUCAAAAUGCGCCAUUAAUCGCCGAACAUAACCUGAACUGUUACUGAAAUGUCCGCUCGGGUUCAGGGUCAAAAAUCGACAGUUCAGUACAACCCAAACUUACAGUUCGUGGUUCGCCAACUCUAAUCAAUAGUGAUUUGUUCUAUGAAGAGUACUCUUGAUUACUUGCUCGUUGUUUCACGAGCAGUUACUGAUCUGCUGUGUUCCCUCUUCCUGCUUUUUAAAUACUAUUUUUGUUGCUAGGAAUUCUUCUUUUUUUUUUUUUUCAACCAACUGGUCUAUAAAAACGUAUUGUUAAUAAGAUGACUUGGAGGGCAAUUGAAAUACAUGCUUAAGAUCUAUAGAUAGGCAAUUUUAUACUGAAGAGGGGUAAGUAGAUAGCAAAUAACACUAAUUUUGAGUCUACAUUGAAUGUGGAACUUAAUAAAUCUAAUAUAAUUUAGAACAUAAAUAAGACAAUAAUAGUUAUUUACAUUCUUUUUGAAAUAUAUAGAUUCAUCCCUCAGUGUAUUUUCUGUCAGAGAAGGGAUUGAUAAACCAAAACUGCUAUUAAUUCAAUCAAGUAUAGAGAGAUGAUUGAACCAAAGAUUAUAUACUAAGCAUGCUUGUGUCUUAGAUUUCAUCUGUGCUUUGUAAUAAAGCCUAGGUGAAGGUAGCAUGGACUGUAGAGUAAGUACAGGGCCUAGUUGGAAAGUAAUGCAGGCUAUUGUAGAUAGGACUAUUGCCUCAUCACUUUUAUUAAAACAUGAGAAAAUGUGUGAGGAAUGGAUAUGUGUUUGGAGAGCUGAAAUUCAAAGCCAGGAGAAAUCUCCAAUUCUUAUAUCUUUUAUUAUAAGUAUAAGAGUCUUAAGGCACCUUCCUACUUUGGGAAAAAUAUAACAGUCCUCAUGUAUGCAUAUCCCACUGUUGAUGUCAGGUGCUAGCGUGAAAAUAAUAAAUAAAUGAUUUAAAAAAAUCUCUCUCUGGAAGAAACACAAAAUAACGGUCAGUCUCUCUCGGUCUGGUGCUUCAUGCAAGAUCUCACCUCGUGGAGUUUCAAUGAUCAUGAGAACAGUGAGGAAUUGGCCCAGAACUACAUGUAAAGGAUUUUGUUAAUGAUCUAAAGGUAACUGGGACCAUAGUCACCAAGAAAACAAUUGGUAACACACUAUGCCGUGAAGGACUGAAAUCCUGCAGUGCCCGACAGGUCCCCCUGCUCAAGAAAGCACAUGUACAGGCCCAUCUGAAGUUUGCUAAUGAACAUCUGAAUGAUUCAGAGGAGAACUGGGUGAAAGUUAGUGAUGUCACGAACGGUUCGCUGGCGAACAUAGCGUGUUCGCAUUCGCCGGUUAAUUAAUUUACUAAUACUAAGUAAAAAUUACUUAGUUUUAGUAAAUUGUGCCCCUACUCGCAAUACCGCGAGUAGGGGCAUGUCUAUUAAACAGUGAGCGGCCACAGGUUUAAAAAAAAAAAGGGUCCCCCCCCAGUGGGGGCCCUAAAUGUUAAUAGGGGUAUUGUCCUCCCCCCGGCCCCCACCCCUGAGCGGUGGGUGGGGGCCCUAAAAAUACCAGUAAGGGGGGGACCUAUUGUCCCCCCCGGCCCCCACCCCUGAGCGGUGGGUGGGGGCCCUAAAAUGAAAAAUAAGGGGGGGACCUAUUGUCCCCCUUGCCCCCACCCCUGCGCGGUGGGUGGGGGCCAUAUUGAUAAUGAGGGGGGGACCUAAUGCCCCCCCCCUGGCCCCCACCCCUGCGCGGCAGGUGGGGGCCAUAUUGAUAAUGGGGGGGACCCACUGCCCCCCCCGGCCCCCACCCCUGAGCGGUGGGUGGGGGCCCUAAAAUGAAAAAUAAGGAGGGGAACUAUUGUCCCCCCUGCCCCCACCCCUGCGCGGUGGGUGGGGGCCAUAUUGAUAAUGAGGGGGGACCUACUGCCUCCCCCUCCGACCCCCACCCCUGGGCGGCGGGUGGGGGCCAUAUUGAUGAGGGGGGACCUACUGUCCUCCCCCCCCCCCGGCCCCCACCCCUGGGCGGCGGGUGGGGGCCAUAUUGAUAAUGAGGGGGGGGACCUACUGUCCUCCCCCCCCGGCCCCCACCCCUGGGCGGCGGGUGGGGGCCAUAUUGAUAAUGAGGGGGGGACCUACUGUCCUCCCCCCCCCCGGCCGCCACCCCUGGGCGGCGGGUGGGGGCCACAAAGAUAAUGAGGGGGGGGACCUACUGUCCUCCCCCCCGGGCCCCCACCCCUGGGCUGCGGGUGGGGGCCCUAAGUCCCCCCCCCACAAGGUGACUAGGGGUCCCCAAGCCCCUAGUCACCCCCCCAAAUAAAAAGUCCCUACCUACCCCCCUCACCCUAAAAAAUAGUGAGGGGGGAAUAAAAUAACUAACCUGUAAAAUAAAAGUAAACUUACCAUUCGACGUCUUCUUUUUUCUCAAAUCUUCUUUUUUCAGCCCCAAAAAAGGCCAAAUAAAAAACCAUCAUAACCGUCGAAUUGAAAAUAAAAUAAAAAUCCCGAGCGCAAAAAAAAAAACCCGACGAAAAAGAAAAAACCCGAACGCAAAAAAAUAAUCCAUCUUCACCCAUGGAGGGCUCCGCGCAGACUCAAUAUGGCCCCCACCCGCCGCCCAGGGGUGGGGGCCGGGGGGGGAGGACAGACUGGCUUGAAAUCCAUCCAAUCACAGUGCUCUGUGUCAUUUUACACAGCGUGGGAAAAUUCUUUGGGGGUGUUUUUCUGCUAAGGGGACAGGACAACUGCACUGCAUCAAAAGGACGAUGGACGGGGCCAUGUACCGUCAAAUCUUGGGUUACAACUUCCCUCAACCAAGGCAUUGAAAAUGGUUUGUGGAUGAGUAUUCCAGCAUGACAAUGACCCAAAACACACACAGCCAACGCAACAAAGGAAUGGCUCAAGAAGAAGCACAUUAAGGUCCUGGAGUGGCCUAGCCAGUCUCCAGACCUUAAUCCCAUAGAAAAUCUGUGGAGGGAGCUGUAGGUUGUAGUUGCUAAACAUCAGCCUCGAACCCUUAAUGACUAGGAGAGGAUCUGCAAAGACGAGUGGGACAAAAUCCCUCCUGAUGUGUGCAAACCUGGUGGCCAACUACAAGAAACGUCUGACCUCUGUACUUUGUGAUUGCAAACAAGGGUUUUGCCACCAAGUCAAAGGGGUCAAAUACUUAUAAAUAGAUUUGCAUGUCAAUAAUUGAAAUUACUUUUUUGACAUGCGUUUUUCUAGAUUUUUUUUUUGUUUUUGUUCUGUCGCUCACUGUUAAAAUACUCCUACCAUUAAAAUUAUAGACUGAUCAUUUCUUUAUCCAUGGGCCAAUGUUCAAAAUCAGCAGGGGAUCAAAUACUUUUUUCCCAUCACAUACAUACACAUUUUAAGCGACAUAGAACAACCCCACCACCAACGUGGAAGUAAUUUUGUGUAGUUAUUUGACCUUUUCCUUUCCUCAAAGUGUUUUUAAGAUGCCUCAUUAGCAAGUGGAAAUCCUAUUGAGGUUACCUGUCCUAAAGAAAAAUGCCCUUACUGGCAUGCAUUAAAUAUACAACUUGGCAUAGUUUUUUAUUUAUUUAUUUUUGAGGUGCAGUGAUGGUGAUACAAGCAAUCAAUGAUAGUGAAGACAAUAGAGACACACAGGAAGUCAUACUUGUCAAUCUUGAUCAUCUGCACAUUUUGUGGGAUAAGGAUCAUGACUUUUUUUAACAAGUAAAUCGAUUGUGUCCCAACAUUGGUUACAACAGAGGCAUGUGGUCAAAGUAUGUGUCGUGGACACUGAACUGGAAAAUAUUAACAUGAGCUAUCAGACAUGUCUAGGUGGAAGGCUUGACAAAGACCACAAGGUUGAAACGUUGUUAUCUUUGGCUUCAAUAAAUUUGCCAUUUCUGAACCUUGAAGUGCCUGAACCAUCUUUGUAUUUCAUGUCUAGAUGGAAGACUGGAAGUGGGAAAAUUGUCAGAGUAUGACAUGCACUCAUUAAAGGAUAAGAGUAAUACCACUGGCACAAGAAAUAUUGCUGCGCCUCGCUCUGCAGGAGUGAAAGCAAAUCAAAAGCAAAUGAGUAAUCCUAGUAGCCACGAUGAGCCAAGUUAACAAUAUAAGAGAAACAUAAAAUUACUGGAGCCAAUUAAAUUUAAGAGUGUCAUCAGGACAGUAAUUAUCUUUUAAUCACAUCACAUAGUAUCAGCAGAUGGUUGUUAAAACCCUGUAUAGACACUGGAGCAAUAUCCUCGGUGGCAAUAAACAGUCAGCCUACACCUGAGAUUGGGUAUCUUGUGCAAGAGUAUGAAGGUUCAGGAAGGCAAUGAUACCCUGGCCGAGUUGCGGAGCAUCCCACGUGCCCCAGGUUGGGUUGCAGUCCUGCAUCCUUGCGCCACAGACUUGAAAUCCCUCAGAGUUCAAGUCCUUCCCCAUUGGGGAGAAACGGAGGACCAUACGAACACGGCGCAGCUGAUGGCAAUUUAUCCUCCGUCUCUGUGUGCGAUGCUUUGGGGUCAUUCCUCUCUUGGCCUUCAACCCUUGUGGGCUAGUAGUUGUGGGUAGAUGUGUGCCAAAAGAGCGAUAGCCCUUGGGAUCCAACCGAAUCUUGCUCUCCUGAGGUUUCCCUUGUAGCGGAGGUGCUAUGGCUACCUGCCGUCCCUCCAGGGCAUCCCAGAAAACUGGUGAAGAGCUUCUCCAGCCACUCCAUGAAGUUUUCUGUAGGGUUUAGAUGGACCAUCCCACACUGUGUGAAUAUGAACCAGAGUCUAAACAAACUGAAUGUCAUUAAAAAGAAUCCCUUUCUGGUGGUGAGCUAUUGGUGAGCUAUUUUUAUUUUUAUUUAAUGCUUUUUACUAUCCUCCGGAACUUUCCUUAUCACCUAAAUAUGACACUCAUUCACUGCUAUCAAAAUUGUAGCACUUUACCAGUUCUGCUAGUAGUACAUACUGCUUAUAUACCCUACAUUUGUUCAGUUAUUCUACAGCUUCAUGUUGAUAUCUAGCCACAUCUGACCAUAAAAAGUUCUUAAAAUGAAAGCAUUUUUUUUUUUUCUUUUCGUUUGGAGAGAGAAAGUCUGGAGAUGGUUACUCCAACCACCAUAACCGCAUUUCUUUUUGAAGUGGUCAUGGUGGUAUGAGUAUGGGUGUGCAGUAUUUUCUGCUUGAAACACUGCUCAUCCAGAGUUAAUUUUUUAAAUUGUGUGCUGGGGGCUAGUUGUUCCGGGCUGCCUUAAUGUCAGUUCUGUGAAUAUUUUCUGUCUGUCAUCUCCACACUGUAGACAAAUGCAAUCUGAAAACUGAACAAGAAUUAGAGCAGCGCUAAAGAAACUAAGAAGACUAGGAUGGGAGGCAGCACACCUGACAAUAGGGGAAUCCCUCCAACCCCCAAGAAAACUAGAACAAGUCAAACAACAAUAUACAGGUAGCGCCAAGAACAAUACUCCAAUCACAAUAGAAUAUAAUAACUAGAAAAGCUACAAUUUCUGAGGAAAUUGAGUGAAGUGUUCUUGCCUCCACCAAUAGUCUACAACUAGAGUGGGCGGAGUAACUGGGUGGAGUGGCUUGAGUAACUGUUGUGUGGUUGGAGUGGCUGGAGUAACUGUGGAAAGGUUGGAGUGGGCAGAGUAACUUUAUGAAACAUUGAUUAGCUGUAUGUUACUGUUUUUCUGUUACAAGUAUAACGAAUUGACUAACAUGGAAAUAUAUUUAUUAAAUGUGAUAGUGCUCACUUUUGUGUUAUCAAAACUGUAGGAAUGACAGCAGUUUAGAGAAUGUGUUUCAUCUAGCAGCCUCUGUGUUCCAGAACACUCUGCUGGCUGCUCACACACCUGGGAUCCUAUGGCAACUCACUCUAGCAAGGGCAGAGAAGAGCGGUUAAAAACAAACUACCUCAAAUUGCUCUCUUCACUACCGGUUGCCAUCUUCAAACGGUCGUAGUUUUAAAAACUAUAAAUCCUACUGCGAAGAACUUUAUAUUGUGAGAAUCACAAGACCCAGACCUACAUUUUGAUGCAUAGGAUGUCUCUGAAAUAUUAAAGGGACACUAUAGUCACCCAGACCACUUCAGCUCAAUGAAGUGGUAUGGGUGCCAGGUCCCUCAGGUUUUAACCCUGCAGAUGCAAACAUAGCAGUUUCAGGGAAACUGCUAUGUUUACAUUGCAGCUUUAAGCCAGCCUCUGGUGGCUGUCUUCCGGACAGCCACUAGAGGCGCAUCUGCGGCGCUGGAGGCUGAGACUGAGCUUCUAUCUGUGUCCUGCCCUUUGUGUGCUGAGCUCUGGCUGGGUCACUUUCAUUACCAUGGAAUCCAUGUUUAUUAGUUCUUGCAUGGAAAGGCCACUUACUUUUAUCUCACAUAUAUAUUAUUCUGAUUAUGGCCAAAUUUACCACCCUAACCCUAACCAUCACGCAGAGCAUCCAUAGGAAAGCAUUGAAAAAUGCUAUCCUAUUGACAGCUUGAAUGCGCGCUGCACUUGCCACGCAUGCGCAUUCGGCUCCGCUGACGUCGGCAGAGGGAGCUGACGUCGGCGGGGGAGGAGAGGUAACCAGCGCCGAGGGAGCCCGGCGCUGGAAAAAGGUAAGCUACUGAAGUGGUUUUAACCCUCUUUAACACUCUCUUGCUUUUGUCAGCUCCCACUCUAGUUUUGAACAUUCCGCCAUUCAUUCCUAUGGGACCAAUUUUGCCACAAAAACAACGAUAUUUCGUCAACCAUUCGGUGAAACGUUCCACAAAGUAAUAGCACACCGAUCAGGAACAAUCCGCACGUUUCGGUAUAUUACUGUCUAUGUAGUGUAAAAACUGUGGGAGGAGUUAGGGUGGUAAAUUUGGCCAUAAUCAGAAUAAUAUAUAUGUGAGAUAAUAGUAAGUGGUCUUGCCAUGCAAGAACACUUAAUAAGAGCAAUAAAAAACACACAGGAUAUAAAGAGUCCACAAUAAAACUUAAAAGAAUAAAAAAAUACCAAAUGGUACAGCACAGCCUCAAAGGUGGCAAUAGAUCUUCUAGUACUGGUAUUGGACUUUCUUGGUAGCUUCACUUAAUAGCAAAAUAUGAAAAGGAAGCAAAAACAGAGGGGGGGGGUGUAAAAAGGUUAGCAAAAUUAUAUGGCUAUAAGACGAUGACUUCCUUUGUCUUGUGGUCCACUGAGCUACUAGUAUAUUGACAUUUUGUAUUCUUUAAAUUCUCUAGUAUUUUUUUUAAUUUUUUUUUUAUCCUUGACAAAGUAAUAAAAGAAAAAAAUAUAUAUAUAUUUUUUUUUUAAAUUGACAGAGGUAAUAAAUAUAUGAAAGUGAUCAUGUUACAUAUUUCCGUAUUACUUCCAGAUCUAUUGUAUUUUAUAAAACCUUUUGCAAUCUCUGUUCAUUUAUGUGCUACUAUAAUUUUCUUCAUUCACACUUUCCAUCAUGGAGUCCAUUUCCGAGCACCUAUACUGUAACCAGUCCUAUACUAGAACUCUGAACAAACUGUUGCUUUGUCUUGUCCUUAUCUUACUUGGCACUCACUAGGUUAAUUGACCUCAUUUCAAAACCUGCGCCUUGGAUCUCAUAACUUUACUGUUACAUGCAACACUGGGUCAUCAGACAGAGGUUGACAAUUGAUGCAUGUGUGGGAGCUUUUUUCCGUGAAGCUGAAAGAUUUGGGAAAGCUCAUAUUCCACAGCGGGUGUCUGUCCCUGCCUUGGCAGGUGUGUCCAUAACAAUAGGGGUAAAAAAAUUAAAUAAAUACAUUCCCCAGGAGUACAAGAAUGCUUUUCAUUAAAGCAAAUGAGGGGAAAAAGAGUUCUGAACCAAUUUAAUUUGAAGCAUGGUAGCCACCCUCUUUAGCAACUUCCUUCUUCAAUUUUUUUUUUUUUUUUAUAAUGAUAAAAAAAUUUUUUUUAAAAAAAAUCCCAAAACUGUAACAGCUGUCUCCAUGGCCGGUCAAUAGAGAAAAUGAAAGAAGAAUCAUUGUUUCAUUUGAAGGCAGCGGGAAAACUUGAGCUCUCAUGUGGAACAUUUUCCCUGUUUGAUGUAGGAUUGAGGUAUGCGGCCUGUAAAAGAACUAUUCACACUGGUGUUGAAAAGCUGUGAACAAGAUUUGUAUAGUGUGGCUGCCUCCCAAAAAAAUGUCCAUCUACUUUAUUUUCUUAUUUUUUUUCUUUUUUUUCCUGUAGCUAUUCUUGAAAUCAAAUGAAUGUGUGCAUAUGUAUACAUACCCAUAACGUGUGCAAAUAUUUUGUGCAAACAAUAUAAUCAAACAGAUCGUAAUAUACAACAGAAACAGAUCAUUCUUAGUGACAGAUCAGCUUCUGUGCUGGGUAAUUGGACAUGCUUUUCAAGUGUCCUGGAUCCAGUGAGAGUAAUGUCCUGCUUUAGUUUCUAUGGGAACCCAGAGAAAGUCAGAGAUAUUGCCAUAAGUACAUACAUUUACAAACUGCAAGUGGAUCAUGCAUGUAGAUUGUUAACCUGCCUCAUUUUAAGCCAUAUCUCUGCUCAGUGUUGGGUGUUACAUUAAAUCCAGGUGAGCUGCAGUAACUUCAUGUGACGGUCACCCCGAGAGUAGAGGGGUAUAUGCCGCCAUAGACUUCCUUUUCCAUUAGUUGGAGCAGUGCUGCCGUGUUCGCCAGUUGAUAUCUCAGCUGACCAAGAAUCCAAUAUAGCUGUGGAGCUCUUACAAGAGCUAGUGGUAUAGCUGUAUAGCUGUUCCCUACAAUCACGAGACAAGGCUACAUUUUGAGGGUUAAGCAGGAAUUAAUUUUAAUGGUGCCACACUGGCCUUUUAUGACAAUCCCCAUGCAAGGGGUAUGCACACAUAAACCUUGUUGGGGACUCCAACACAAAGACACAGACCAAUAAGAACAGUGAUUAAAUGCACGACACUCCCAUGACAAACAUACAAUCCCUCCCCUCUGCCAGGGUGAUAACUGAGUCAGAUACUAUAUCAAUUCAAUUAUCUCCAGGCAGAAAAAACACAUAUUUUACAAAACCCCAAAAGUACCCCAAAUACAUAAGAUAUUACCACAAUUGUUACAUUCCCUAGUAGCCCUGAUCUUGGUGACAAACAUAUCCAAAAAUCACCCAGAUCAGUUCAGGGGUUCAAGAAUUCUAUGUAAGUCAUAUUUUGAACGACCGCACACAUGGUCCCAUGCCCAAAACUGUUCCAGAGAAUCAGGCUGUGUGAAAUCCUGAAUGUAGCCAUUCGUGGAUAAAGUCAUUAUAUGUCUCUUGUUCGUGAGUUUCUUUUUACCAAACGCCGUUCAACUCCCGUUCGAAUAGCCGAACAUCCAUGGAAGGUAAAGUUUUAGUGGUGUUCGCACCAUCAAGUAUCCGAUUUUGAGUUCCAUGAACUCGACGACCAAACACCGCUCAUUGUACUCGCAGCUUAAGAUGGUCGCCGCCACGUGGUUGAAUGGCACUUCAAAUGGCUUCGAGAGUUCUGGAGUUCGAAGUGCCACUUCGAAAGUUUGAAUGGUUCCUGUUACCAGUCCCAACUGGCGAAAUGAAUACAAAUAAUGUCCUGUUCACUCUGGUAUAUAUUUUCUAUCAGCCGAAUUUUGGGUUGGAGUAGGGACAGUGUGUUGGGGUUCUGUAUGGGUUAAGGGUUAGGAUUAGUAUAUUAGGACAAUGGGGGGUAGGGUAAGCAUAGUGUAGUGGUUAAUAAAACCGGUUUAGUAUUGUCCCAAAAUGCCUGUAAAGAAAAAAACUAAAGUGUUGAAUUAUGAUGCUAACCUAUUUAAUUGUUUAACAUCCAUUUAUUUUUAUAAGGAAUGCUCACAUAUUUGUAUUUCUUCUUAUAGAUACAUUAACAAAUUUAAAAAGUGUGUUUUAAUAGUGUUUUUUUUUUUUUAAUUAUUAUUAUUUAUAGGUGCAUUGAGCAAAAAUUCAAGCGCUGCCCACAACUUCAAACCACUAGUGUAAUCAUCGUGUUUCAUAACGAGGCCUGGUCAACCCUGCUCCGGACAGUGUAUAGCGUUCUACAUACAUCACCCGCAAUAUUGCUAAAAGAAAUCAUUCUUGUGGAUGAUGCUAGUGUGGACGGUAAGUACAUACUUUCCAAGUGUCCCACUUUAGGUGUCAGUCACUAUUUUGGGCCUAUAUCUCUCUGUACCUCUUUUUUGGUGUGCCUGCAUUUAUAACUGCAUUCCAAACCACAAUAAUACUCGCAGUAACGUGUCUUUAAACAGUAAAUGUAUUCGAAAUCAAUUUGUUUAAAUUGUUCUUGUUCUAAAUUAAGUUUUAGUUGCAUGAAUUGUUUGUAAGCCACCUCAAACUUAUUAGAUUAGUCCACCCCUGGUAACACUCACACUACCUAAAGUUAUUUGUCCAUUGUAAGUAAAAUGAAUGAAUUAAUCUCUUAAAUUAUUUUUUGCAAGUCAAUAAGGAUAAGAUGGAGUAUAAAUAAUGCAAAGUAACGUAACAUGGCAGGUACAAAUACCUAAUGCAAAGCCUCUGUUUGUGUGCAUCAGUGUGGAUUCCCCUUAUUGACUUAUUGGGAAAGGGGCUAGAGGCCAGAGGCCAGAGUGUGGGGCUCUGUAGCUCUGCAUCUUUUUAUUUAUUUUUUUGCCCUCUCUGCAGCGCUUGGGGCGCUACCUUGAAAUGCAUCAGUAAGCCAUGCAGAGGCGUGCCUUUUAUAGGCUAGUGGGUAGAUUGCUCAGAUUAUAGAUGGACACCAGAGAACCGCUUUGUGACUUCUCUGAGCUGUGGGUAGUUCGCUAUUUUAACCUGCGGCAACACCGAUGUUCUGAAAUUAAAAGCCCAAAGCUUGUGACAGCCACUGCAUGAAGUCUUCUGCUCCUCGCAGAGGGAGAGACGGGAGGCUGUAUACACAAUGACCACCAGGGUUUGUUGUGAUGUCCCCCUUCCCUGCUUAAAGGUAAUUGGAAUGAGGGUUAUUGAUUAUACACACAGACACUCCCUCUCUUCUUCCCCACUCUUGUCUUCCCCUCCUCUCUCUCUCUCUCUCUCUCUCUCUCUCUCUCUCUCUCUCUCACCUUUUAAUUAAAAUGUCUCUAAUAAACAAAUUAAAACAAUAUCUCACCCCCAUCCACAUACUACAUCCCCUCCACACAUGCUCACUCUGCCUUACCAACAAAAACACACUACAUCCCAUACUCUGAAACAAUCACACUGUGUCCACAAUACACAUACACUGCAUUCCUUACACAAACACACUACAUCCAACAUAUGAAUUGCUUGUGCUUGUCUGUGUGUGUGUGUGUGUGUGUGUCUCUAUGCUUGUGUGUAGCAGUCUGUGUAUGUCUGUCUCUGUAUGUGUGUGAGUGUGCUAAGAGAUGUGUUAAGCAGUGAAAUUAAAGUAGGGUAGGGUUAACUUUGGGGAGGGACCAGAGAUGGAGCUUUAUUAAAUAACAAAAUAUUAAACAACUUUGAAAAAGCUUAUCCGCAAAUAUUAAAUUAAGGCCUAUAUUGGUUUCCAUGAUGACUACUCCUGAUCACUUUAUCAAAUAAUACUGUUUUUCCCUUGAUAAAUGUAAUAGGGAGUGGAGCUCCACAGUUAGCUUUUUAUUUAUUUUCCCUUACAUUAUUUUAUAAUCUUUUUUUGUCUCUUUUUGCAACUCUAAUUAGCUGGUUUGAGCAGGGCCCUUAUCUACCUAUUGUUCCUGUGUCAUUGUGUGAUUGUCUUUUAUUGUAAAAUUCCCCCUUUGAUAAUAUUGUAAAGCACUGCGGAAUUUGUUGGCGCUAUAUAAAUGCCAAUAAUAAUAAUAAAAACAACCCCAUACCAAAACAUCUGUUAAGUUCUCCUGGAUCCUUAGACUGCCUAAGACCGGGGUCCUCAAACAAUCUUCCCCCCCUCCCCCCCCCGGCCCCAGAUGUUGCUGAACUCCAACUCCCAUGAUUCUCUGGCUAUCUAUGUAAUUCAAAGAAUCAUGGGAGUUGUAGUUCAGGAACAUCUGGGUGGCCGGAGUUUGAGGACCCAUGGCCUAAGAUAUCAGUUGUUACUGAAAACUGCAACAUUUUAAAUGCUUCUUUCCUGUAGCAAAGAGUACUACAUGCCACCAAGAAGAUUAGAUACUUUGUUGUUUUACAGUAAUAUAUUACCCAUAUUCACAAUUUGCUAUUGAUGUGCAAAGAUUCUGUGCGAAAGAAGUAGAUAAAAAUGCAGUUUACAUGUAACUAUUGAGAGUUUAAUAAAAACAAAACAAAACAGUCAUUUGGGCAUCUGCCUCUAAAAAUCUCAUCUCCAGCUUGGAGUGUCCCUUCAAGUUUAUUGCACAUAAGGACUGUAAUGGUUAUUCUAUGCAGCACCUUCAAUCCCUAGGUCCUCUGCAGAACAGUCUGUCAGACAGAAGCAAAUGUGAUACAUUUAUUUUACAUUGUCAAUGAAACGAAGGACUCCACUAGGUCUGUCAGGGCCUCUUUGACAAGACUUGUUUAUUAAGCAUCCAAUGUAUCUGAGAUGAUUAAAAGGAUUCGGUUACUAGAAUGAAACUGCUACAAAGGAGUUCAUUUUCUAGAUUUGAACAGAACAGGGUUUGUGCAUUUUAAAAAGACACUUGGAGUUUCUAGCAAAAAAUACAUAAAACAUUUGUUUCUUCCAGAUUUCUCUAAUAGAAAAUUAAAUAAAACCACGAAACUAAAAAUACAUAUCUACUCUAAAGCUUUUAACUCUUAACCAAAACUUUGUUGCAUGCUCAAACACUUUUUAAAUUUUUUUUUUUUAUUAAAGACUAAUGUGUGAAACAUGUAUUAUCAGGAAAAUAAUGGCAUUGAGGGGGUUUGGAGAUGUCAGAAUAAAUAAGACCAAAGCUCACAGAUCACAAAAAUAAAAAAUUGUGCGUAUGUAUGUGUGUUUAAAUAAAGUGCAAUUGUACUCGCAAAACAAUUACUUUUGAAAGCUUACCUGCAAUGCAAGUAACAUUUACUCACAGCAUUACCUUUUCAUAGAGUGCAGUAAGUCUAUGAGCAGUUAUUCCUAAUAUACUAUUGGGGUAAUAAUUUAUAGGUAUUAACAUGUAUAAAUGAAGGGCAAAGGGACUGAACAAUCCAAAUCUGCCUUAAUUGCACCAACUAAAAAAAGGAACCCUCCCUCCUCCCGCCCCCACCAAAGAUGGUUGUGUAGGCAAGUGCUUUGCAUUUUUCAUUAUAAGGUCAUUUGGGCAAUGCCCUCCUAAAUUAUUUUUUUUGUAUGUCAGACAUGUUUGGUUAGAACUGUUUCAUGUUUUGUACAGUGCUGUGGAAUAUGUUAGAAAUCAAUCAAUUGCAUGUCGUUUUUAUGCUGUAAUUCAAACAUUAUCAUAAGGUAUCUUGGAUCUACUUUCCUAAAUCUACCUGCUGUAUUUUGUAAUGCAAAUGCUCGUAUUUUGUUCCCCUGCACAGAUUACUUGAAGGAGCCCUUGGACAAUUAUGUGAAGUCUCUACAGAUUGUGAAAGUUGUGAGACAGGUAGAACGAAAGGGCUUAAUCACUGCACGGUUGCUGGGUGCAAGUGUUGCCACGGGAGAGGUUCUGACCUUCCUGGAUGCCCAUUGUGAGUAUUUACAAGCGGUUUGACCUAAUUUAUAAAUGUUUUGAACAUAGAAAGGAAGGCUAUUGUGUUUCCUGUAAACCUGUCUAAAAUCAAAUUGUGUCUAUAUUCAUUUAGCUAUUUUUAAAAAAUAUAUAUAGUCAUUAUUUCUCUCUGUGAAAAAAACAAAACAGCCUCACUUGACACAUAGCCACAAAAAGUCUAUCAUGAUCUGUAGAUUCAUAAUGUAUUUUAGCAGUCACUUUUUUUUUUUGUGUGGAAGUCAGGUCCCUCACAAUUAAGACAACCAACUCCUGUUGAUUGUUCAUUUUUUGUAGAGGUUGAUAAAAUAAAAAAAAAAACAAAAAAAAAAAACAGGCAUUGUAUCUUUCUUACCUUUAGCCUGGGAGGGGGGACCAUGCUGCCAACCCUGGUGGUGAGUGAACUCUUGUUCUGUAGGGCUGGAGUUCACUGUCACGAGACCCGGACCGUUGCCAUGGCAAUGCUCUGGAUCUCGCAAGAGGAACCCGGUGGAGCUGCGAGAUAAGAGCUCCUCCAGGUCCUCUCCUGUCUUCCUCCCCAACCGGCGGCUGCAUCACACUGCAUGUUGGCCGGUGAGGGAGAUCUUUGAUCUCCCCACCGACCCGUCCUAGAACACAGUGGGGCCGGUGCUCUGAUAACGCAGGCCCUACAUGGACCGCCGGGGAGAUCCUCUGACCUCCCCUGCCGGCCUCGACUCGAUGUCCAGGCCUGGUUGUAGUCCAUAAAUAACAUAAAAUAAUAUGUAAUAUAUCAGUUCAACAAUAGUGGGUGUAAUAAAAUAACAAUGCGUUACUCACACUUAAUGGAGCUAUAGCCAGCUCCAGUGUGUAGAGCGUACAGUGGUAUAAUCCCCACUUACAUGAUAUGAUUUAGGAGUCCUCAAUAGCAAAGGUGCCAGAAACCCAGAAAAAAUAGAAAAGCAACAAAUAGCACUCUGUAUGGUGAAAUAAGGUUUAAAACCAUAGGAAUUCUAAAACCUACGUACCCUUGUAGGCAAUAACUUUUCACUUGUUUUAGACCUUUUCUGUUUGAUUCAGAAUUCCACCUGCACGUACUACUAAAGUGUACCUUUUACUCAAGAGUAUUUUGGGACGUUUUAUUGUUCUAUCUAUUAACAGACUUUUUUUUAUUCCUGGUAGUAGAUGUCUAUAUUUGUGUUUUUUGCUCUUUUCGAUCUACUAAAGGGUUUUAGAGGGAUCCCCUUAUUAUGGUUGCUGUCCCUUCGUUCUCUGUUAAUUAGCGCUGAUCUUUCUGCUGUUAGUGCAAAACAAUGUCUUUUGAGUCCUAAUUGGCCGGAUUGCUUUUGGCAAUGCACACGUGUACCAAAAUACCAAAGGAAUGUUUCCAGACCAUUUUUGGAUGUAUACUUUGAAAUUCUUAUCCUUAAUGCAAAAGGGUGCCCUAUUUUAUGAUAACAUGUCCAUUAAUUGUAUGCACAUAUAUAAUCUAAAAAGUCUUGGACUAAACAUAAAAAUCUUAUUUUAAAAAAUGUAUUUGGUCACUUAGAAUAUACAUAACUCUUUAAUUUCCAUGCCUUGUUUUUACGGUUAAACAGGUGAAUGUUUUCAUGGCUGGUUGGAGCCUCUCUUGUCCAGAAUUGCUGAAGAUCAUACUGCUGUUGUAAGUCCAGAUAUCACAACUAUUGACUUAAACAGCUUUGAAUUUUCCAAACCAGUCCAAUAUGGCAAGCAGCACAGCCGGGGGAACUUUGAUUGGAGCCUUACAUUUGGCUGGGAACCUAUACCUGCGCAUGAAAAAGCAAGAAGGAAAGAUGAAACAUACCCUAUUAAGUAAGGUUCAUAAUGGUUUAUUUACUUGAUUGCCAGUUGGAUUAUUAUUGAAUAUGCCUAGGUUUCUAGUGCACACUCGAGAGAAUGUCUAUUGUAUGUUCAGCAUAUAUUUUUUGGGUUUCAAUUUGGCUUUAUCCUCUACACAUUCCUAAAUAAGUAUAGGUUUUAGGAUUACAUUGUCCAGGUGGCAAAAAUCACUCAACCAAAUAGUUUAGCAUCCUUACAAAAUCGUGGCUACUCUUGCAAUCUAGUUUGUGUGCUUGUAAGGCAGGGUUCACAAACCAACUGUAACCCAAGACAUUCUUCUCAAUCAAUGAGACUUUGUCUUAUGUUUCUGACAUACUUAUUGCAUUCUAAUUCUUAAACUAAAAGGGGUGGUAUGCAGUAACUCUUUAAUGAAACAAAGGGGAAAAAAAACCUUUCUUAAAAAUACUUAUAUUUAGAUGUGUGAGCAUAUCUCUAUGUAUAUUACUUGUAGACCCCAAGACUGCAGAUAAAUUGUAAUUUUCAUGGUUAAAUGCUGUAAUGCCAUUGAAAUUAUUUUGCGUGUACAUAAUGUUAAUACACAGGCAUUCAAAUUCUCACCCACUCACUGCACACAGUCCAUAACCACUCUCCAGAGUCCAGCAUACAACUACCACCUCCUUCUCAAACCAGUACUAGUGGAAAAUAUAGUUGACAUGACUAUGGAUCCUUGACAAACAGCAUACUAUUGGAAUUAAACAAUUGACAAUUCCAAGAUCCUGUCUCCUGUGAAGGACCUCUUACUUAAAUAAAACUCAAAAAUUGCACCUUGGUCACAAGAUGAAACCUCUGUACCUGAAAUUCUAUCGGUCCCACAGGAGUCUGGGAGUCUUUAGCCAUUGACAUAGAGUACAUGAGUUUGGAUACUAAAAUUAUUUUUUUCACAAUAGAUUUAAAAAUGGGACCUAUUGACUUUAAGAGGUAAAAUUAUAAGAUCCCCUGAUGCGAUUUUUAAAUACAACCUAUGUCUGCUAUGGAUAAUUAAGAAAGCUUUUUUUUUUUUUUUCUUUUUUUUUCAUGCCAAGAAUGUUAUAUAUGUUGCUUACAUAUGUAUGCCUUUUUAUUUUUUAUUAUUUUUAUUUUAUUUAUAAAGGCCAUAGUGUCUCUGUAACAUAAUCUAUUGUAUCCCACAUUCACAAGAUUCUUAGAAAAGAUUGUCGUUGUUGUUGUUUUCUUAUUAUUUUACCUGUGCUUUUCAUGUUUCAUGUUUCCUUUUGUGGUAUUGGCUCCACAUCCUAUUUUGAGGUUUUUAUUUAUUUAUUUUUUAUAUUUUUAUUAUUUAUAUUUUUUACAUCUACAUCUUAUUUAACCCUUGCUGCCUCUUCCUGAUUCUCUACCCAAACACCUCUCUUUCCCCAGAGGGUGUUACUCGUUUUUAUACUUCCUGACACUUCUUGCCAGUACCAAAAACAGGUUAUUGGGAAUGGAAAACCCUCUAUUUACAUUUUGACCCUUGUCAAGAUAUACUUCAUAUUCAGUUGCCCCUAUAGUAUGUAACGCAUCUGCUUAUGGUGCAUUCCCUACUGCUUGUAGUAGGUGUGCUGUUUUGAUAAUCCGUUAUUACCUUGGGUUAAAACUGAUCAUAGGAUGGUACUACAUGCAAUAAUAAUAGAAUGACUGUGGAUUAUGUUAGUGUCAUUUCUUGAAAAUCCAGUUAGUGAAAUGCAACACUAACUGUAACUACCCAGAUUCCAUUUUACAAACAAUAAUUACAGGAAGCUCUUAGUACCUAGAUUAAAGGAGACUGUAACCUUGUUUCAAUGAGAAGGUCAUUUAAAGCCAAGUAAGCUUUGUUUAGACUUUAAGCAACCUUGUAUAAAGCGGUUUUUAAUUAGUGUUUUAUAGUUCAUGUUUUUGAAAUAACAUCUGAUGUUACUAAAUGAUAUCUUUGCUGUCGAAAACAAGCUUUCUCACUGUUUAUGAAACCUGUAGAAUAUUCUUUAAAGAGCAUGCUGUUUACAGAUAUUAUGCGUUUACUUAUAAUGUUAUUUACUAAACAUGCAAUUAAUGGGGUUUUUAUCAUAAAAAUGCAAAUUUUAGGACCAAAAAGAGCUGGUAAAUUUUCCCUUUUUCCAAUGUGUCUAUUCUGGUCUUAAAAUUUUAAAUCUAAAUUCUCUCAUUAGUUUCUAACAGUUAGUGGCAAAGGCAGUGUUUUAAAUAAUAGGUGUUAUCAAUAUCUGUAGGCUGUUUUAGCAGCAGCAAAAAAAAAAAGGAGAAAUCUAAAAUUGUAUGCAUAGGAGAGACAAUUGAGGAUGUCAUAGUAAAACAUUCAAAUAUAUAACCAUAACCGUGACAACUAAAAUAAUUGCAACUUCUCAAUAAAAUGUCGGUAUCGAGCACUCAACUACAACUAGGUGUAGUUUCCAUAAGACUCCUGUUAUUCAAAUUGACCAUUCGUUGUGCUUUACAUCUCUCUAAUAAUAUUUUUCCCAUUUUUAUAACAUUGGCUGCAAAAGCACAAUUUGCACUUUUCUAAGCUUAUAGGCUAUAUUAUGGCGUGAGCUCAGUUUCAGUGAGCAGGUAGAACCUGUUUUUAUGUUAAUUACAUUAUAAUUGUUCCUCAUGAGGGUUUUCUCAAAUAUAUUCUAGGUCUCCUACUUUUGCUGGAGGUCUUUUUGCAAUCUCCAAGGCUUAUUUUGAGCACAUCGGCUCUUAUGACGACCAAAUGGAAAUCUGGGGAGGAGAAAACGUAGAAAUGUCUUUCAGGGUAAGGACUGGUAAUAUGAUUUAGUUUGUGAUAUGAAGACCAUUCUCUCCGUUAAUCUAAAACAGGCAUAGGCAACCUUCGGCACGCCAGAUGUUUUGGACAACACCUCCCAUGAUGCCAACAUUAUGGGGGUGUAGUCCACAACAUCUGGCGUUCCGAAGGUUGCCUACCCCUCAUUUAAAUAAUCAUGCCCAGCUCUCCAUUAACUUUGUUGCAGUGUUAAUUUCUGUAACCAUAUAAAUCUCCUCUUACCUCUGAGGAUGUUCCGUUUAGAUUGUAAGCUCCUAGUGGCCUAUUGUUCCCAUAUGUCAUGUGCGUUUUGUUAGAAUUAAAUGUGUUUUGCUUACCUAUUGUACAGUACUGCACUAUAUAAAUAAUUGUAACUGUUAAAUAUUGUCACUAGUCCUUCUGAGCUCGCAGUUUUAGAGGUAGGUUGUCUGACCAGGAGCAAUAGUGCAAAAUAACAGUCAGUUUAUUACCAGAAACAUUUUAUUCUGUAUGGUAAUUUUUUAUAAGUGGUCAAGUCUAGUGAUUCACAAAAAACUGAUCCAUAUGAUUCCCAUUGAACAAACUCAGUCACUCUUAAUGUGGUGGUUGCUUGAUCACACCCAGAGCAGUGUGGUUCUGUUGGAACUGACCCUGCAACAGAAUAUAUCCUGGGAAAACAUUGGCUGUUUAAGACUUUUAUGUGAGCAGUAUUUUAACAUACCUAUUGCUGGAUAAUGGAUUUAGACUGUCAAUCCAGAAUUUACCUAGAUAUAAUUCUCCUAUAUACUGCAUAACACUCAUCUUACUUGUCACCUAUAUAUAUUGAUAAUGUAUGCCCACAACACUAUGUCCCUGAAUAAUUUAAUAGGAUACUAUAGGCACCAAAACAACUUUAGCUUAUUGAAGUGGAUUUAUUGUAUAGACCAUGCCUCUGCCGUCUGACAGUUAUUCAAAACUAAUUUACUUACUUUUUCUUAAGCAAUAUUGCAAUAUAUCAAUUUACAAGUGCAAAUAAGGAAAUAUUAUUUUAUUUAAUGUCACAGUUGGGGGAUCGAGAUCUAGACCUUCUACUUCUCCAUUUGAAAAUAUUUUUUUUGUAUCUAAAUUAAACAAGCAAAAGUGGUUACAUGUACUGUAGUACAUUCAUACAUUGUAGUGUCUUUUUCACAUCUUUGAUUAAUCCUAUUUUAUCUGGGACGGGUACCGUGCCAAAUAAAAUUCUUCUCUUCUGAAACAACCCUUUGUCCUCUUGGCAUCUUUAAAAGGAAGCAAGGACAUAAAAUAGAGGGGGUUUCUUUUCUUUAAAAUAAUGACUCUACAGUUGUAUUGUUUUUAACUGUGUUCAUGGGUUUCUGUCAGGAUCCCUCGCAGUAGGAAGAAUGCUUGCAGCAAUAGACAUCAACUGGUCUGAUAGAACUGCAACUUAAAACCUCCAAAAUAAUUAUUUUUAUUAGUUGUUAAUGAGAUGUGUUUUCUUAAAAUAGCUGACCAUUCCUGCAUGCCCAGAUAGCUACAAAUACAUACACACAUAGCAUCUUUGUGUUUGUAUCUGUUGUUUUACUGUUACCCCAGAUAAAAACCCAGCAGGCCUAUGUAGUCUAGUUGGUGAAAACAUGGUACUUGGUGUUUUGGUGCCAAUCCCCUAAAACAAAAAGUGCAAGUAGUGCGGCGCUUAAAAGUGUAUUAGAAUAUAGUAAACAGGGACAAGAUAAAUAUAGUGGAAAAAUUGUAAUACAACUGUGGAAAUCUGUAUGAAGGUGAGUGAAAAUAAACUCACAUGUUGUAGAGCCUUUUAAAAUAUAGGCUCUAAACUUUGUAGCUUGUGUAGCAUACACACCCUCUUUUUCUGGAUGUUCAGAUUAGUUGUUCCCCAUAUAAUAUACAGAAAAAUUGAGAAAUAGCUCCUAAGUGCAGUAUGUUGGUUAAGGGUAGUGAAUAAAGCACACUUUUGUGGCUUCAAGUUACAAUACAUUAGUGUCUAUUUAGGGUGACACUCCCACUGAUGGAACCCGGUAGAGGAGUCAGGAUCAAGAUGUUAAAGUGCACACAGCGUAUAUUAAAAUAUAUAAUAAAAUCAAAAUAAAGACUUAAGAUAAAUAAAACAAAGUAUUACUACAAUAUUGAGUCCUUGGAUCCUAUGUAGUCUAGUUAAUUCUAUUCCAAUCACAGGUUCUGGGUUAGGCAAACCCACAAACUCCAGUUACUGUUUACCAAGCUCACUAAAUCCGCAUGGAUCACUAGGAGUUCUAAAGUACAAAGGACACUUGUACAAUAGUGGAAUGUUUCAUUUCUAACCUGUGAUUGGAUAUCUGAUAAUAUGGGAUUGCCCACCACGGGUACAGUAAAACUCCUGACUUAAAUCAGUGGAUUAGUAAUUUAGAUCAUGGAUAGUGGAAAAAAAAUAUUCAAAAAGAAAUGUUCCCUUAGACAAUGUGAUUUGAUAUUUGUAGGGAUGUUCUACAUUAAAUGGAAUUAUUUUUUUUUUUCUUUAAAGGUCUGGCAAUGUGGUGGACAGUUGGAAAUUAUACCUUGCUCUGUUGUGGGCCAUGUUUUCCGUACAAAAAGCCCUCAUUCAUUUCCCAAAGGUACUCAGGUAAUCUCUAGAAACCAGGUCCGGCUUGCUGAGGUCUGGAUGGAUCGCUAUAAGGAGAUAUUUUACCGGAGAAACCAACAGGCAGCAAAAAUGGUGCGAGAGGUAUGUCAAAAGAAAAUCUGUUUGGAGCGCAGAUACAGAAACCAUAGGGAUCCAAAUUAAAACGUGUGGUUUCCUGGGUAAAAUAAUUUGUUCUCAAAUGAAAAGUCAAAGAAUCAAAAACAACUUCCAUCAUAGCUUUGUAUUGUUUUACUCUUACAGUUUCUUUCUAUCGACUUCAAAAACAAUGACAAACUAAUUAUUCUACAGAUGUAAUAACUACUUAUUCAAUUUUUAGGCAAUUGUGGCGUAUUGGACACUGAUUUGUAAGGGUUUGUUUGUUGGAUCUUGAAAUUUAAUAUUGGCACAUUCACCCCAUUCAUUAUUACGUCGUUUUUUAUAUAUAUAUAUAUAUAUAUAUAUAUAUAUAUAUAUAUAUAUAUAUAUAGAGAUAGAGAUAGAGAUAUAGAUAUAUAUAUAUAUAGAUAGAUCUAUUUCUAGCUAUCGUGUUGGCUUACUGUUUCUGGGAAAUUAAGGUAGUGUGCAGAUCAGGAUACUGAAGCCAACUAUAAUCUUUAGCAAUAAAGAGUACAUAGACUGCCCUCUAAUGGCAGAGAGGUUGAAGGGAACUCAAAAACAUGCAGCGAAUUGUCAUCUUGAUUCCCGAUCAAUUGUCAAUACACCAAGCCCUUUGAUCUCUUAAUAUUUAACUUCAGUAAGUAAUGUUUGUUUUUUGUUUUUUCAUUUUUUUUUUUUUUUUUAGAAAAGCUAUGGGGAUCUUUCUGAUCGAUUGAAACUAAAAGAAGAUUUAAGUUGUAAGAACUUUUCGUGGUACCUGGAGACUGUUUAUCCUGAGAUUUUCAUACCUGAUCUGUCACCCACAUACUACGGAGCAGUGAGUGCAUUUUAUUUUCAAAUUCUUUUAUUACGUUUUUACGUUUUUUUUUUUGUAUCAUGAAAGUUUAUAACAUACCAUGGCAAUGCAUUUCCCAAGCUAUAAAAGUAAAAUUAACAAAAGGAAAAGAAAGGCUAUUAAAAUAUUGUAACAUUUUUCACGUUUUUAUGAAUAACGUUUUUCUUUUAUAGUACAAAUUUUUUCCAUGAGUUACAUUGACCUAAUGUAUUUUAUUUAUUUAUUUAUUUAUUUUUUUGAGAGUCUUAUUGACUUUGCAGGUGCUGACUUAAUAAUUUGUUCUUCUUCCAGAUUAAAAAUGAAGGAACACAAAAUUGUCUCGAUGUUGGUGAAAAUAACCAUGGAGGCAAACCACUCAUAAUGUACCCAUGCCAUGGAAUGGGUGGGAACCAGGUACAAAAGUAUUUUUGUAACUAAAACUGCAACAGUUAUUCAACCGUUUAAACAUUUGUAACCAUAAGGGACGGUGCAUGUAGGAAAAUGAACACAUUUUAAUAUAUUCCUUAUCCUAAAGUCAUCCUUUAUGCAGAACAUCAAAGUCCUUUAUAUUUAUAUAUAUAUAUAUAUAUAGUGUGAUAGCCGACUGUGGUGCAUGUUUUUUGACGACUUUGACUUCUAUUUUACUAUUUUCCUCUUAAAUCUCUGUGUGACCAGUUUGCUCCAUUGGGUUUCUUUUGAAGCCUGCAAAUUCAAUGAUUUGUACAUUGAUGGCUUAGUCAACUCGGACAUUCACCAGGGGCAAGCAGGUUUUUUGCUAAGUUGAGCUGCUCUCUAUUUACUGAAAUAAAUUGUGAUUUGAACUUGCAAAACACACAAACACUAAAGACUACUUGGGAACUUGUGGAUUAGUCGAACACUUUUUCUGCCAUGUGCAGUACAUUUUCCCCAUCACAAGUUCUAUUGAAAUCAAACUAAAUACUGAAUGAAUAAUCCUCUGCAUUUCUGCCCACCUAAUCCCUUAUUUAUUGCAGCAUUUAGCAGCUUAUAAAGAAAACAUUUCAAAUUGGUUGGUGGUGAAGGUUUAAAUUACUUUUGCCAAUUUUACUUGCAGUGUUCACAACAUGUAAACUGAGAUAUAUUCCAUACUUCUUUUGUCUUCUACCGAGUGUUUCUUUUAUUUUGUUCUAGUACUUUGAAUACACCACUCAGCGUGAACUGCGGCACAAUAUCGGCAAGCAGCUAUGUUUGCGUUCCAAAUAUGGCCCUGGUCAGGUGGAGCUCGGUGAAUGUCAGUACAAAGGAAGAGGGACAACAGUGCCUGGAAAUGAAGAAUGGGAACUGACAAAGGUAUGAGCCACCACACAUCCAAGAGAUUUUUUAGUUAUAGACUCAGAAUUGUGUAUAUUCAGUUUGGCAAAGCAGAUAGCUUUAAAGAAGUAAUUUAUCCCUAUAACAUUUAUAACCUGAUAUUAUGUUCAUACUGUCAUUGUCUCAUGUUCUAACGAAAUGCUAUGAAUAGGUUAUGACAUUUUGUUCUAAUUAAAAACCUUUCUCCUUAGGAUCGUCUACUUAGAAACGUUGGCUCAAAUAUGUGCCUAACAUCUCGAGGGGAGCAUCCAUCGACUGCACCAUGCAAUUCAGUAGACCUUCACCAGAGAUGGGGCUUCAGCUAAACCAUUUGAAUAAAAACAGCUGCCAGAGAGUGAAUUACGUUUCAUGCAGUGACUUUUUUUUAUUCCACUGGACCUUAGACAAGAACAUUUCUGAAGACCUAAGUAACCAAUUCCCUUUAUUGUUUACCAGGGGACAUUGUGUGUGUUCUGCCACUGUUUUGUUUACUACUAGAAUUGUGCCUUGACAGUUGAGUAGAUUGUAGAAAAUUUACUUACUGUACCUUCUUUAAUUAUUAUUAUUUUUUUUCUCUAAAAUCUGCCUAAAGUAGGACUUGGAACUCUAAAGUCUUUGGUUGUUGGAUUGUUUGUUUUUUUUUCAAAUGGAUGAUUUUAGGGGUUUAAAACCAGCACAUUAUUACUUAUAUACAGAGUACAUUUUUUUUUUUUUACUUUACACUACACAUUUGCUCGGUUACUUGAUUUAUUCUUGAUCUUGUAAAAUCAUAGAAACUGUCUCGAGAUGAAGACAACUUGACAGGCACUCAUGUUCUAUGUAGCGGUACUCAAGGUUAUCUAGUUAACCUGCUGAAUUAGACUCCGACUUGGGGGUAUGUAAGAUUACCCUAUGAAUGAAGGAACAGCUGAAUCAUGGAUUUUAGGGAAUUUCCACUUUGGCUGUCUUCUUAGCUUUGAACAAGAAAAACCUUAUCAAUAUGUAAUCCUUGCUGUGGGGAGAGAGAUAAACCAGAGCACAAGAACCAUCGACAAAAACCCACCUUCAGUAGUGAGUACUGUACUUUUGAGAACUUUUCAGAAGAGCAAACCUCUUCAAACAAUGUGCCAACUACUGAAAGGCAUGCUACUCUGUUUACCCAAGUCAGCAUUUGCACAUCAUGUCACAAUGAAAAUUUGCUCCAUUAGCCACUGCUUGGGUAACAAACACAGAUUGGUUUUUAGCAAACAAUUGUUUUUAACGUUUUAAAGACUGUUAACAUGUUCUCAAAGACAAAGUGUGUGUAUUUUUGUUAACAUUGAGCAAAAGUAACAGAACACAUGACUGAAUCACUGUGACUCAAAAAUCAAUCAAUUUGGCCUUAAGGACUGUGCCUAAAUUAGGCAUUCUCUGACGCAUAAUUCAUGUUUUGUAUUUAUAUUAUGUCAAUCAAUGUAUACUAAAUGUUAAAAGUAUUGUGGCAACUAGUUACAACACUGGACUAUUGGCGAAAAUAAAAAUUCAUUCAUUCCCAUAUUUUUUUCCCUUAGAUUAAAAAGAAAUAGAUUUUUCAGGUUUUUUUUUUUAUAUUAUGUUUAAAUUUUCUCAUGUGUAGAUUCCCUCAAUUACUGUUGGUGCCCUCAAACUGGCGGACUUCAUUAAAGAGUGUGUCAAUGCUUCUAUAAGUAACAAUGGUUUCUCUAGUCGAGAUUGCUGACUAUAGGAAGUGAAACAAAAUACUUUGGCAUACCAGUUUUGCAACUGCAGCAACGUUUGUUCAGCAGAACAGACACAUUUAUUAUUAUCCCACAAUGGCUUGCUUACGUGAAAUGCAUUAUUAUUUCAAGUUGUGAAACUGGCCCUUAUUGUUAUUAUUACUGGUUUUUAUAAAGUCCCAAUAUAUUCCACAGCCCUGUACAAUAAAGGGGGAGGAGGGGGAAAUACAGUAUAGACAAACCAAUAAAAAAAAAAGAAUAGAGGACCUUGCCCAUAAGCGGAGAUCUAAGAUUUACAGCCCUUUUAUACAGGGUGGGCCAAAGCUUGAAUUUCUGCAUGGGUAUUUUUAUUGAGCUGCUCCAGUGUACAUGGUUUGUUUACAUACACCACUCCUUCAGAUAUCUCCACAUAAAGUAAUCGGGAACUGAAAGUUCGGGUGAACGUGUUGGCCAAUUAAUUUGGAAAUUUCUUGAAAUUAUCUGCUCACUGAACAGUUGUCUCAGGAGGUCCAUUGUGGCCAUGGCUGUAUGGGCAGUAGCCCCAUUAUGUUGAAACCACAUUUCUGGAUGAUUUUCCACCAAAGGACAUAACAUCUUCAAUCCUAAACCUGCUAUUUUGAAAAUAAAAUUCCACUCUUUUUUUUUUUUUUUUUUUUACUUGUUCCUUCAUGAAAUUUCCUGUGCCGAAUCUCCCAAGACUCAGUUCUAAAUGGGCCUGCAACAAAGAAAUGUAGCUACUAAAAACAAAGUUAUUUAAUUCUAAGCUAGAAGGCCCAGAAGCUUACAAUCUAAAGUUUAUGAUGGGCACUUGUUUGUAACAAGAGGGAGCAGGGGGACAUUUAAAGGUAAUGGACAAAGGAGCCUUGGAGCAUUUGUACAGACUCCUAACAUGUGAUGUAAUAGGAAGAUGUCAAACACCAGGAAAAGCAUGGUUUAAAGGCAAUAUAAAGCAGAAACCAGGGUGGAUAGGUUGCUUGGAGGUGCUCAGUGUGGCGGAACAGACCUCGCCACGUGUUCUUGGAGGGGGCUGCUUGCCUGCCUCCUACCUUCUGACUAUGGCCCUGGGAUAUAUGGCAUUUGAAAACACUAUUUGUGCCCUGUGACAAAACUGGAGAUUGUGCACAAAUAUGAUUAUUGUCCAUAUUUUUUUUAUGAUUCCCUCGGUUUGUUGCACUGUUCCCCAUGUGUUUCAUCUGUUGGUUUGGCUGGAUAGACUACCAGACAAACUGUGGAGUUACUGGGUGGCCACCAUUUCAUGUAUCAGAGGCACAUGGUGAGAACAAUGGAUGAAGCACAUGGUGAGAACAAUGUAUGGCGGCCAUUUUAACUCACAGACACUGUUUUGACUUUUCUACAUGGUGCCAUCUCGUCAGUAUUUGGUGCACAAAGACAUCGUUCAGUAAUUUUAAACUACAGAACAGGGGACACAUUUAACAGUAAUUAUUUUUCAUAUAGCCUGUAUAUGUCCUGCGGAAUCUGCAUUUAACCGUAUCUUCCAAACUACUGAACGGAUCUGGGUGAAUUUUGGCUAUGUGCUUCAUCCAGAUCCCCCGGUUCUGAGGGGUUAUUGCAUGUUUUGGGGUCCCUUUGAUAUGUUUUAUAAUACUGUAUUUUCCUGCCUGUGAUAAUUAAGUUAGUCCAUUGUGUUGAGAUCACAGGCAGAGGGGAGGAUUUCUGAUGUAAUGAAUGGUAGUGUUAGCUGUGUUGUAAUGCGUUGAUUGGUUGUUCUUCAAAACCCUCUGGGCAGUACUAUGUUUGUAGAAUGUGAAUAAAAGAGGCUGUAUGUGCCAG